AUGGCAGACAGGAGAGCAGAGAAGUCAUGUGAAGAAGCCAGCGGAUCGUUAGCCAGGCGGGAGUACGAGGCGGCGGUGAGCCACUGCACAGAAGCGCUGCUGGCCAUCGGCCCCCCGGCCCCUCCCAGCCCUGGAUCCUCCGCAUCCAACCCCCCCAACGACACGGUUACCCCCCUCCGCAGCCGCGCCCUGCUCUACAGGAUAGCCGCCCUGCUACAGCUGGUGAGGCGUGAGACUGACCCGGGAGGCACACCUUUCGGCCCACACCCGUACCCACUCCCUCAGUGGGCAUAUGGCCCCCUGAUCUCUACCCACACAAAAAUGGCACUCGUGCACGCAUGCUCACACACACACGAGUUCACUGAUACAAACACACAGAAAACUAAAUUGUGGCCUGUUUUGCAUAAGCAGUCAUCUAAGUAGGGGUAAGAAGAGCCAGUAGCUUACUCAUUGUAACAAAGUACUCUUUGCUCAAAUUCCUCCGCAUUAUGACUUAACCAGCAUGUUUGAAUUUGUUAAGUGUGUUCGAGUCAAGUGUCUUAAGGCCAUCUUGACUUAGAUUUGCUUUCUGAGAAGCAGAUACAAUGAGAAAGGUCCUGCCUCCUUUCAUUUCUCUGCUGCAAACUGCACUGUGCUGUUAUCUCCUUCUAGCACUACAAUUAUACCCCACUACUUAAGCCUCACGAUUAUAGAGACUACUUAAGUACUAUAAUUAUAUUGCGAGUGACUCCGCGCUGAGUAGCAAAGAUAUCCUGUCUGGGCACUUAUCUAAAACUCAGUCAAGGACCUCUGUCCUAUAAAACCCUCCUUUACGAGGACAGCCAUUCUACUGCUUUGACUUUGUCUAUUUGUUUUCUUUCUACCACCAGAAAAACUAUGAUCAAGCAGAUGAAGACUGCAAACAUGGUGAGUUGCAUUUUUUUUUGGGGGGGGGGGGGGUUGGUUGAGUACUUAUCAUAGUGAAGACAUAACCCAUUGUAUUGAAGUCCCAUCCCCAGGUUACACAGUCAUAUACCAACUAUAGAGUUGGAUAGAGGAUGCACUUGCCAUAAAUCCUGUUUUGGUAUGGGCAGCGCCAUGGAGGGCUUUCACCAUUUUAAAAACUGUAGAGAAAGAUGACAUUGACUACUUAAAAUGGGAGUUGUCAGGGACCUCACGAUACGAUGUUAUUACAAUACUUAGGUGCCGACACGACGUAUUGCGAUUCUCUUGAUUCUCUAUGUAUUGCUAUUCAAAUACUAUAAUUUUUUUGCGAUUCGAUGGUCCAAACAUAUUGCUUUUUUAUUUUAUUUAACCGUUAUUUAACUAGGCAAGUCAGUUAAGAAAAAAAUAUUAUUUACAAUGACGGCCUACUUGUAAAGCCCCCCCCGGCCAAACCCUCCCCUAACCCGGACGAUGCUGGGCCAAUUGUGCGCCGCCCUAUGGGACUCCCGAUCACGAGGCCGGUUGUGAUACAUCCCGGGAUCGAACCUGGGUCUGUAGUGACGCCUCUGGCGCUGCGCCACUCGGGAAGCCCACCAUAUGUCUGCUGCAGAGAGACGAGAGAGCAUGAGAAACAACAAGUUUUGAUCCAUUAGGGAAAUAAAACAGCUCAAAACUAAUUUGGCUCCCUAUUUAAAAAGAUUGAGAACAAGCUAUGAAGGAAAAAUACUUGAGUUUUGGUGCAGAUACAGCCAACUAUCGCAAAAAUAAUAUUGCGUUAUUGUUAAAACUGAUACGAUAUAUGGUCAUAUCCCGAUAUGUAACCUUUUUUAAUUUUUUUGUCACUAUUUAAAAUGGAUAUAGCCCUCAAUGGCACUUGCCCAGAGCCAUUGCGGCAAAGAUGCCCUCUAUCCAACUCCAUAAGUAUAACACAGUCCUACUCAACAGACUGCAACCACAAGCAAUUUACGUCUUUAUUUUUGGCAAUUAGCUUCAUCAUCUCAGAGAAUUGAUUUGGCAUUUCAUUGCUAUUAAAAUCAUUCCAGGCGUGUUGAUAUGCUAAACAAAUGUUAGGGUUAGAAACGGGUCAACGUUUUGGGUAAAGGUCAGAGCUAAGGUUCAGGCUCAAGUCAGUGAAAACUUACAAGACAAGUGGUUAGCAUAAUAUUUGCGGUCGUAGCCGCGUGAAGGGGGACUUUUCCAUGCCAUGCCUGCUUCAGUAGCUAGCUAUGCCCAUGUCAAGACAAGCGGUUAGAAUAACAUUGGCGGUCAUAGCCCUAUGUAGCAGGACUUUACCACACCAUGCCUGCUUCUGUUCAGCAGCUAUGCCCAUGUCACAUGACUUGGGUGGAGAGAAUUCAGUUCAGUGCGAUGUGAUGGGAGUGAGCACACGUUCCAUGCAACGUAGUGCAGCGCGAUCAUGCACAGUAACGUUGAAUUGUCGUCCUGUGUGUGUUUUAUUGCAGUCCUGGCCGAGGAGCUGGCCAAGGGAGACGGGUCGUUUCAGGCCAGCCUGCGCUGCAUGCUGCUGGACGGCAGCCUGCACGAAGUGUCCGGCCUCCUCUCCAAGUCCCUGUUUGGGGAGCCUCUGGUAAGACUGGCUCCCGGCCUUACUCCACUGUUUACUCUGCCUCUCGCCCAACACCCACCAUCUUUUUCACCAUCCUACUUCAUCACCUCCUCCUCUUUCUCCCUCUGUUAUUUUUCCUUCUCUUCCAUUUUGCUCCUUUUUCCUCCUCCCUCCUCCUCCUCCUCCUAUAACUGAUAUAUGGAGACAAACACAGCCAUUUAGCUCUGGGUAGCAGCUGGAACAUUUCGUUCCUUUUGACUUUUCCAGGAAAUGUCCUCGGUUUUUUAUGAAGCAGGUUCUCUCAGCACAGAGGAAGUGUUCAUGUUGACUGUUGCAUCCAUAUGCUUUUAAGGGUUUGUAGCUAUAUUAUUUUCUAGCCACUUUACAUGAGGGCAAAUGUCAAAAAAAUAGCAAAAUAUUAGUGUUGCAUAUUGACUUGAAAAAAAGUAUUUCCUAAAAUAUCAAUAGCUUUUCAGAUUAGCAGGCAGCGCCAAAGUGACCAUUUUAUUUUGUGAUUUUUGAAAGUGUGUAAUGCCCCUCUAUCAUGACAUAAGUCUAGUUAAUAUAGUUGAAUGAAUGGACAGCAUUCUGGUGUCAGGAAACAAGCUUGAUUAUCACACGAGGAUACUGUGCCUUAAUUAAACUCCCAACAGCAGAUUAAAAACGCGAAGCCUGAACACUCUGGUGUCUAAUCUGGCAACCAAAAAGCAUAGAUAUGAAAUCAGUUUAUUGUUCUCAAGUUGAUUAGAUCCAGGGAGCAACAACCAUGCUACUGCAUAAAGUAUUAGAAUCAUAAGUGGCACGACCACCCUGUAAAUAUACAGUGGGGAGAACAAGUAUUUGAUACACUGCCGAUUUUACAGGUUUUCCUACUUACAAAGCAUGUAGAGGUCUGUAAUUUUUAUCAUAUGUACACUUCAACUGUGAGAGACGGAAUCUAAAACAAAAAUCCAGAAAAUCAAAUUGUAUGAUUUCUAAGUAAUUAAUUUGCAUUUUAUUGCAUGACAUAAGUAUUUGAUCACCUACCAACCAGUAAGAAUUCCGGCUCUCACAGACCUGUUGGUUUUUCUUUAAGAAGCCCUCCUGUUCUCCACUCAUUACCUGUAUUAACUGCACCUGUUUGAACUCGUUACCUGUAUAAAAGACACCUGUCCACACACUCAAUCAAACAGACUCCAACCUCUCCACAAUGGCCAAGACCAGAGAGCUGUGGAAGGACAUCAGGGAUAAAAUUGUAGACCUGCACAAGGCUGGGAUGGGCUACAGGACAAUAGGCAAGCAGCUUGGUGAGAAGGCAACAACUGUUGGCGCCAUUAUUCGAAAAUGGAAGAAGUUCAAGAUGACGGUCAAUCACCCUCGGUCUGGGGCUCCAUGCAAGAUCUCACCUCGUGGGGCAUCAAUGAUCAUGAGGAAGGUGAGGGAUCAGCCCAGAACUACACGGCAGGACCUGGUCAAUGACCUGAAGAGAGCUGGGACCACAGUCUCAAAGAAAACCAUUAGUAACACACUACGCCGUCAUGGAUUAAAAUCCUGCAGCGCACGCAAGGUCCCCCUGCUCAAGCCAGCGCAUGUCCAGGCCCGUCUGAAGUUUGCCAAUGACCAUCUGGAUGAUCCAGAGGAGGAAUGGGAGAAGGUCAUGUGGUCUGAUGAGACAAAAAUAGAGCUUUUUGGUCAAAACUCCACUCGCUGUGUUUGGAGGAAGAAGAACGUUGAGUACAACCCCAAGAACACCAUCCCAACCGUGAAGAAUGGAGGUGGAAACAUCAUUCUUUGGGGAUGCUUUUCUGCAAAGGGGACAGGACGACUGCACCGUAUUGAGGGGAGGAUGGAUGCGGCCAUGUAUCGCGAGAUCUUGGCCAACAACCUCCUUCCCUCAGUAAGUGCAUUGAAGAUGGGUCGUGGCUGGGUCUUCCAGCAUGACAACGACCCGAAACACACAGCCAGGGCAACUAAGGAGUGGCUCCGUAAGAAGCAUCUCAAGGUCCUGGAUUGGCCUAGCCAGUCUCCAGAACUGAACCCAAUAGAACAUCUUUGGAGGGAGCUGAAAGUCCGUAUUGCCCAGCGACAGCCCCGAAACCUGAAGGAUCUGGAGAUCCAGAUGCAAUAAAAUGCAAAUUAAUUACUUAAAAAUCAUACAAUGUGAUUUUCUGGAUUUUUGUUUUAGAUUCCGUCUCACAGUUGAAGUGUACCUAUAAUAAAAAUUACAGACCUCUACAUGCUUUGUAAGUAGGAAAACCUGCAAAAUCGGCAGUGUAUCAAAUACUUGUUCUCCCCACUGUAAUUGGUUUUGGGGUAAACAAAUGUGUUAUUCGGAGAAUUGAUGUAUGGAAGAAUAUUUUGAAUUGGCCAGUGACUAUCUGCCAAGUCUCUUUAAUUGAUAUAGUCUAAAACCUUUUGGAUAUUCUUGCUGAUAUUGUUUGUGUUGUAAUGUAUUUCCUGUACCUUCUCUUCUUCCUCAGAACGGCAUCGUCACAAAGGACUUAACUAGAUUAAAAAUGCUUCUCUCAGAAAUUGAAGUAAGUGUGUGUGAGGUGUCUUGCCUUAUGUUGGACUUUGGGCUAUGAGUAUUGAUCAUAUUUAAAAGUGAAUGACACUGCAGGUUUAUCACUUGUUGCAGUUCUCAAGAGGUCAACAAAAUGUGUGAAUACAUAUUAAAUGUUAUUGUCUUAUGAAUACAAUACAUCUCUCUCCCUUUCUCUCUAUCUCUCCCUCUCAGGCCGUUCGUAGCAAGAUGGCCACAGAAUAUACAGAGGACAAUGAGGAAGGUGAGCAAGUCAUCCUCAUGCAAAAAAAUAUACACUGCUCAAAAAAAUAAAGGGAACACUAAAAUAACACAUCCUAGAUCUGAAUGAAUUAAAUAAUCUUAUUAAAUACUUUUUUCUUUACAUAGUUGAAUGUGCUGACAACAAAAUCACACAAAAAUUAUCAAUGGAAAUCAAAUGUAUCAACCCAUGGAGGUCUGGAUUUGGAGUCACCCUCAAAAUUAAAGUGGAAAACCACACUACAGGCUGAUCCAACUUUGAUGUAAUGUCCUUAAAACAUGUCAAAAUGAGGCUCAGUAGUGUGUGUGGCCUCCACGUGCCUGUAUGACCUCCCUACAACGCCUGGGCAUGCUCCUGAUGAGGUGGCGGAUGGUCUCCUCAGGGAUCUCCUCCCAGACCUGGACUAAAGCAUCCGCCAACUCCUGGACAGUCUGUGGUUCAACGUGGCGUUGGUGGAUGGAGCGAGACAUGAUGUCCCAGAUGUGCUCAAUUGGAUUCAGGUCUGGGGAAUGGGCGGGCCAGUCCAUAGCAUCAAUGCCUUCCUCUUGCAGGAACUGUUGACACACUCCAGCCACAUGAGGUCUAGCAUUGUCUUGCAUUAGGAGGAACCCAGGGCCAACCGCACCAGCAUAUGGUCUCACAAGGGGUCUGAGGAUCUCAUCUCGGUUCCUAAUGGCAGUCAGGCUACCUCUGGCGAGCACAUGGAGGGCUGUGCGGCCCCCCAAAGAAAUGCCACCCCACACCAUGACUGACCCACCGCCAAACCGGUCAUGCUGGAGGAUGUUGCAGGCAGCAGAACGUUCUCCACGGCGUCUCCAGACUCUGUCACGUCUGUCACAUGUGCUCAGGGUGAACCUGCUUUCAUCUGUGAAGAGCACAGGACGCCAGUGGCGUAUUUGCCAAUCUUGGUGUUCUCUGGCAAAUGCCAAACGUCCUGCACGGUGUUGGGCUGUAAGCACAACCCCCACCUGUGGACGUCGGGCCCUCAUAUCACCCUCAUGGAGUCUGUUUCUGACCGUUUGAGCAGACACAUGCACAUUUGUGGCCUGCUGGAGGUCAUUUUGCAGGGCUCUGGCAGUGCUCCUCCUGCUCCUCCUUGCACAAAGGCGGAGGUAGCAGUCCUGCUGCUGGGUUGUUGCCCUCCUACGUCUCCUGAUGUAUUGGCCUGUCUCCUGGUAGCGCCUCCAUGCUCUGGACACUACGCUGACAGACACAGCAAACCUUCUUGCCACAGCUCGCAUUGAUGUGCCAUCCUGGAUGAGCUGAACUACCUGAGCCACUUGUGUGGGUUGUAGACUCCCUCUCAUGCUACCACUAGAGUGAAAGCACCGCCAGCAUUCAAAAGUGACCAAAACAUCAGCCAGGAAGCAUAGGAACUGAGAAGUGGUCUGUGGUCACCACCUGCAAAACCAGUCCUUUAUUGGGGGUGUCUUGCUAAUUGCCUAUAAUUUCCACCUGUUGUCUAUUCCAUUUGCACAACAAGCAAGUGAAAUGUAUUGUCAAUCAGUGUUGCUUCCUAAGUGGACAGUUUGAUUUCACAGAAGUGUGAUUGACUUGGAGUUACAUUGUGUUGUUUAAGUGUUCCCUUUAUUUUUUUGAGCAGUGUAUUUGGAUGCAUUUAUAUACAGUACCAGUCAAACAUUUGGACACCUACUCAUUCCAGGGUUUUUCUUUAUUUUGACUAUUUUCUACAUUGUAGAAUAAUAGUGAAGACAUCAAAACUAUGAAAUAACACAUAUGGAAUCAUGUAGUAACCAAAAAAGUGUUAAACAAAUCAAAAUAUAUUAUAUUUGAGAUUCUUCAAAGUAGCCACCCUUUGCCUUGAUGACAGUUUUGCACACUCUUGGCAUUCUCUCACCAGCUUCAUGAGGUAGGCACCUGGAAUGCAUUUCAAUUAACAGGUGUGCCUUGUUAAAAGUUAAUUUGUGGAACUUCUUUCCUUCUUAAUGUGUUUGAGCCAAUCAGUUGUGUUGUGACAAGGUAGGGGUGAUAUACAGAAGAUAGCCCUAUUUGCUAAAAGACCCAAGUCCAUAUUAUGGCAAGAACAGCUCAAAUAAGCAAAGGGAAACAGCAGUCCAUCAUUACUUUAAGACAUGAAGGUCAGUCAAUAUGGAAAAUGUCAAGAACUUUGAAAGUUUCUUCAAGUGCAGUUGCAAAAACCAUCAAGCGCUAUGAUGAAACAGGAAAGGAAGACCCAGAGUUACCUCUGCUGCAGAGGAUAAAUUCAUUAGAGUUAACUGCACCUCAGAUUGCAGCCCAAAUAAAUGCUUCACAGAGUUCAAGUAACAGACAAAUCUCAACAUCAACUGUUCAGAGGAGACUGCGUGAAUCAGGCCUUCAUGGUCGAAUUGCUGCAAAGAAACCACUACUAAAGGACACCAAUAAGAAGAAGAGACUUGCUUGGGCCAAGAAACAUGAGCAAGGGACAUUAGACCGUUGGAAAUCUGUCCUUUGGUCUGAUUUUGAGAUUUUUGGUUCCACCCGCCGUGUCUUUGUGAGACGCAGAUUAGGUGAACGGAUGAUCUCCGCAUGUGUGGUUCCCAGCGUGAAGCAUGGAGGAGGUGUGAUGGUGUGGGGGUGCUUUGCUGGUGACACUGUUGGUGAUUUAUUUAGAAUUCAAGGCACACUUAACCAGCAUGGCUACAACAGCAUUCUGCAGCGAUACGCCAUCCCAUCUGGUUUCCGCUUAGUGGGACUAUCAUUUGUUUUUCAACAGGACAAUGACCCAAAACAUACCUCCAGGCUGUGUAAGGGCUAUUUGACCAAAGAAGGAGAGUGAUGGAGUGCUGCAUCAGAUGACCUGGCCUCCACAAUCACCCGACCUCAACCCAGUUGAGAUGGUUUGGGAUGAGUUGGACCGCAGAGGUGAAGGAAAAGCAGACAACAAGUGCUCUGCAUAUGUGGGAACUCCUUCAAGACUGUUGGAAAAAACAUUCCUCAUGAAGCUGGUUGAGAGAAUGCCAAGAGUGUGCAAAGCUGUCAUCGAGGCAAAGGGUAGCUGCUUUGAAGAAUCUAAAAUAUAUUUUGUUUUGUUUAACACUUUUUGGGUUACUACAUGAUUCCAUAUGUGUUAUUUCACUAUUGUCUUCACUAUUAUUCUACAAUGUAGAAAAUUGUAAAAAUAAAGAAAAACCCUGGAAUGAGUUGUUGUGGCCAAACUUUUGACUGGUACUGUAUGUCAAUGUUUGGAUUCACAACUUCAGUUAGGCUCAAUGCUCAGAUUCGCUUCAAAAAGGAAAGCUCUCAUUUAACGCCUGGUCGCUGAAUAUCGAAAGACGAAGCCUUUAGAAUUGGAUUUCAUUUUCACUUUGACUCAAGUCUCAAAAGUUUGACUCAAUUUCCAUACUGUAUGUAGGAGGUUAUUUACUGUAGGAAUGGUGAGUGGGAUGUUUUGUUGAUACAAUGAUGUCUUUGUGGUCAGAAGUGAGGGAUGGAUGGCAGUUUCGCCCCCCGCCUAGAGGAGUUACCAGCAGUGAGGAGUACACGCUGUGUAAAAGGUAAUGUUAUUGUGCGUUGCUGACUGUUAUAACAGUGGCAUAAGACCAUAGUUCAUAUAACAUAUUGGAAUUGGCAUGUUGUAUGCAAUCACUUUGUCAUGUUUGGACAUUGAGUGGCCUACAAUUAAAGCCAUUGUUAUUGUACUUGUAUUAUGUCCACCUGCUGCAAACAUGGGCUUGCUUUACAAGCAACUAAACAUUUAUUAUCACUGUCACCUAGCUAAGUAACUGACACAGUUUUUCAGUGUUGGUUCAGAGGGUGAGGCCCUUUGGCUUUAGGCCCUUGGGGGUUGGUUUUCCCGGACACUAUUGGAAAUGGAAAACAUUUGAACAAGUUGAGGCCACCUGGUGGAAUGUCCUGUUGUCCUCCCCCUCCUCCAGGUUCCUGGAGCAGGGCCUGUGCCGCUACGGUGCCCAGUGCACGUCGGCCCACUCCCAGGAGGAGCUGAUGGAGUGGCAGAAGCGCUACGCCUCGCGCCUCAUCCGCCUCAAGCAGCAGCAGGAGAGCAAACACUUCACCGAGAACUACAUGGAGGCGCUCAUCGAGAAGUGGAUGAACUCUCUCUCCCCUGAGAAAGUGGUGAGUUAACCCUAGUCUAGUCACUUAUCUAUGGCCCUGUUAGAAUGUUGUAAAAAUACACCCUCCCUUACUAGAAGUAAUCACUGAUUUAACUAGUGGAGGAUAGGCAGAGAGGCUGGGCGCUAGGGUCUUGUUCUUAUACAUUAAAACACAUGCUUCCCUCCUCUCUUCCUUGAAGUAGUCACUGAUCUAACACAGAUUGAGAGGUGGAAACAAUGUUUCAAUCACAUAGCGUUCACCAAUCACAUAGCGUUCACCAAUCACAUAGCUUUCACCAAUCACAUAGCUUUCACCAAUCACAUAGCUUUCACCAAUCCAGCCACGUCAGAUCAGGGAUUAGUACUUCAAGGAAGGGAGGAUGCUUGUAUUGGAACAGAGCCCUUGAGGCUGAAUCAGGUGGUAGAUGCACUGCUGUACUCUCAGCAUGUGUUGAUUUUUAGACUCGUUGACCCUCUCAUUAGUGUCUACUUAUCUCAAAUAAACUGCCCUUCUAAUGUAAAUUGUAUUAAGCUGUUAUGUCCUCAUUUUAGCAAGACUUAAUUUUGUUAAACUCUCCUUAACUUGGCAUGAAUGGUCUUGUGUUCUGUCCCUGCCAUAGCUGAGUGACUAUUUGGAUGGCGUCAACGUGGAACACAGCUCCAACCUGUCUGUAACUGUCACCACCAAGAAAUCAGCUCACUCCUGGACCUUCUCCCUGUUCUGCAAGGUAACAGGAGCUAUGUCUCACUCAAUGUCAGCUCCCCAAAUGGCACCCUAUUCCCUAUAUAGUGCACUACUUUUGACCAGGGCCCAUAGGGUUUUUGGUCAAAGGUAGUGCGCUAUAUAGGGAAUAGAGUGCCGUUUGGGACUUACACAAUGGUUUAAAAAUAUAUAUAUAUUUCCAAAAGCUCCACACAAGUAGAUUUUGAUUUGAAAUCAACAUCUGGCUGUUAUCCAUAGGCCAUACAUGGCCAUAUCAUUGAAAGCAACUCAAAAGGCCAACUUUGAUAAAGACUGCUCCCACACACCGGUAACCUCCGCAUUUUGAUUUUGCCGGCGGUUUGGUCAUGCCGACCUUUAUCAAGACAUUCUCAUAACACAGAUAAAAUAAUUUUGCAGAAGUCGCGUGUGGGAGUAAUUUGUAUCAUUGACUGAAGCAGUAUUUUUUUCCCCCCAUUCCCAGCACCACUGCAGGCGACCACAUGCGUGUGCGUCUGAACAUUCACUCUCAAAGCCAACUUUUUCAUAUACCCAUUGAUAUACUCUUAGACUAUAACUUACUGACUGACAAUGCUUCCAAAGAGCACCCACAUGUGAAGCAAAGUAGCACUUCAGCUGCCCUUCUUCUCUGAUUGGCCACUCUCACACUUUCUUCCCCUCCCCCUCAGCCUGUGAGGAAGCUGUACCGCAUCGCCCUGCUCUACGAUGCCCACCGACCCCACUUUUCCAUCACGGGCGUGUCGGUUGGCGAUGCCGGUGCCCAGCGGCUGCAGGCGGAGGCAGAGGGCUGCCAGGAGUGGACGGCGGGCGAGGAGGCGCUGGCGGCCAACAACGGCAUGGACCACUGCAUCUACACGGUGGCGGUGGGCUUCAGCACCGAGAUCUUCGGCACCUUCCGCCAGACCAUCGUCUUCGACUUUGGCUCGGAGCCCGUGCUGAUGCAGCGCAUCAUGGUGGACGCCGCCUCCAUAGAAGGUUGUUUUUUAGUUUAGUUUAGUUUCAAUUAUAACAUACAACCCCCAAAAAGAACCUCCCACCCUCCCUUAGUAGUCCAAGUUUCUAACAUAAAAUAUAACCAAAACUAAAAUUAUUAGGAAAAGAGAAGUUGAGUUAUAUUGAUAAUGGGUUGCAUUUGUGACAUUUCUUACAAGGCCUCAAAGUGCUUAGCAAUGUAUUGGAGGUAACUAAACUCACCCUAUCCACCACCAAUGUGUAGCAUCAACCUGAGUGACAGGGCAGUCUUCUAUAUCGGCAGACUUACGUUAGACUUCUUUUACGAUUUCAGACGUGCAAAUACAAUGUCCAAUGUUCUUCUCUGUACUGGCCAGUCCUCAGCUUUAGUAGCAGGCCAGUAUUUCCCAUGAUUUGGGCCAGGUGGAAUCUGCGUGAGCAGAAUUUUCCUAAGCUGGAAGAGGAUUUGAAAUAAAAUAAUACUUGUGGAAUCAAAACUUCAGAACAUUCAUAAGAACACUGUUAGCCAUUACUAUGUUUACAGACAAGAGCAUGAAAGCUAUUGAUAAGAUUCUAUAGGAUUGGAAUAACAAUAUCAGGAUAAUAUAGGUCUCUAUGAGUAAGAAAACCUGCAGAUUCCCCAAAUCCCCUGUGACUUACAGUAAAAUGUAUAUAUGGCCCAUGCGGGAAUCAAACCCACAACCCUGGUCUUACCAACUGAGCCAUCAGAACCAGUCAAGCGCAGGCCAAUAUUUCCCUAUAACCCUCAUGCUCAAGUGUCAAUAUUAAUGUUGGAAGGUGUGGUUUUCACAAUAAACCCUCCCCUCUCCAGACCUGGAGCACCUGAUGCAAGCCAGGCAGCAGCUCCUGAUGACGGCCAAGCGCUGGGACCCGUCCUGCAAGACCAUCGUGGAGUUCAGCCCCAAUGAGACGGUGGACCUGGACCGCAGCCUGCUGGCCCGAUACCAGAUCCCCCUGUCGGCCGACCAGCUCUUCACCCAGUCGGUGCUGGACAAGACCCUGACCCGGGACAACUACCAGGCCCGCCUGCACGACCUGCUCUACAUCGAGGAGAUCGCCCAGUACAAAGAAGUCAGCAAGUGAGUGAGAGCCUCUGUUGUUGAAGUCUUUUGUUUCCAAUCAGUCCUAUUCUGAAAACCUUCAACCACUGACAAUGGAUUUUAUUGCUAAAAAUACACUUUUUAAAUAGUGCUUAAUUGUAACGAGUGUGUACUGAUUUUGAUUCUGUAUUUUCUCGGAUGGGUUGGUCCUUUAGUGGUCCUUUUAUUGAGGUUUAGUCAGUCACACCUCUUGAUACCCUGCGAAUAGACAUUUAGUGUAAUGUUUUAUAUAGUGUGUAGACAAUAUGGAGCAACAGUCUGGAUUGAGUGGAGGUCUGUGAGAUUGUGGCCCACCACAAGGUGUCAGAGUCGAUCUUCCACAGUAAAAGGGGUUUGCCUGUGUGUGUGUGUGUGUGUGUGUGUGUGUGUGUGUGUGUACACUACACACGUGGCCAGGCACACAGCUAAAGCCCUUUUUAAUAAUGCAUAUCUCCUCGGCAUCCCCAGAGAUUUCCCCAGAGCUGGAAAUGUGUUUUAGAACAGAAGUAAUUUAUUGUGUAUAAAAGGAGGGCCUCCCCCAAACCCCCCCUGUAAUUCGGCACCUGCUACUCUCCUCAGUGGAAGGUGAGAAGGUUACCAGGUUAUUACAGCAAUCCAACCCUGAUUAAGACCGAAUCAAAGGCCCCCAAGCCUUCGCUCAGUCAACCGAGUGGAAGUAACCAGGGUUGCCCUCUCCCCCUCCCCCACUUCUUCACUGGUCCCCCUCAUCACUGUUAUUGUCAUUUGCCUGGGGCUGAGGAACGAUGGAUUCUUCUCAAUCAUCAAAUUUACCAUUGAGGGCCGGUUUCCCGGAAACAGAUUAAGCUGAGUCCUGGACAAGAAGCAUGUUCUAUGGAGAUUCUCCAUUUUAGUGUUUUUAUGUCCAGGACAGGGCUUAAUCUGUGUCCGGGAAGUAUGGCUUCGUGGGGUGACUCUGUUCAUCAGAAUAAUCUGAUCCAGGACCUGUGAAUUUCUGGCUUUGCAUACAUGCUCAUUUGAUUCAAUACAGACUAUAUAAUACUUUACAGUAUACCGUGCAUUUGGAAAAAUUCAGACCCCUUUACUUUUUCUCCAUUUUGUUACAUUAGCCUUAUUCAAACAUUUAUUAUCUACACACAAUACCCCAUAAUGACAAAGCAAAAACAGGUUUUUAGAAAUGUUAGCAAAUUUAUACAAAAUAAAAAAACUGAAAAAUUACAUUUACAUAAGUAUUCAGACCCUUUACUCAGUACUUUGUUGAAGCACCUUUGGCAGCGAUUACAGCAUCGAGUCUUCUUGGGUAUGACGCUACAAGCUUGGCACACCUGUAUUUGGGGAGUUUCUCCCAUUCCUCUCUGCAGAUCCUCUCAAGCUCUGUCAGGUUGGAUGGGGAGUGUCGCUGCACAGCUAUUUUCAGGUCUUUCCAGAGAUGUUAGAUCGGGUUCAAGUCCAGGCUCUGGCUGGGCCACUCAAGGACAUUCAGAGACUUGUCCCGAAGCCACUGCUGUGUGCUUAGGGUCGUUGUCCUGUUGGAAGGUGAACCUUCGCCCCAGUCUGAGGUCCUGAGCGCUCUGGAGCAGGUUUUCAUCAACGAUAUCUCUGUACUUUGCUCUGUUCAUCUUUCCCUCGAUCCUGACUAGUCUCCCAGUCCCUGCCGCUGAAAAACAUCCCCACAGCAUGAUGCUGCCACCCCAAUGCUUCACCGUAGGGAUGGUGCCAGGUUUCCUCCAGACGUGACGCUUGGCAUUCAGGCCAAAGAGUUCAAUCUUGGUUUCAUCAGACCAGAGAAUCUUGUUUUCUCAUGGUCAUAGAGUCCUUUAGGUGCCUUUUUGGCAAACUCCAAGCGGGCUGUCAUGUGCCUUUUACUGAGGAGUGGCUUCUGUCUGGCCACUCUACCAUAAAGGCCUGAUUGGUGUAGUGCUGCAGAGAUGGUUGUCCAUCUGGAAGGUUCUCCCAUCUUUACAGAGGAACUCUGGAGCUCUGUUAGAGUGACCAUCGGGUUCUUCUUGGUCACCUCCCUGACCACGGCCCUUCUCCCCCAAUUGCUCAGUUUGGCCGGGCGGCCAGCUCUAGGAAGAGUCUUGUUUUUUCCAUUUAAGAAUGAUGGAGGCCACUGUGUUCUUGGGGACCUUCAAUGCUGCAUACAUUUUCUGGUACCCUUCCUCAGAUCUAUGCUCUACGGACAAUUCCUUCGACCUCAUGGCUGUUUUUUUCUCUGACAUCCACUGUCAACUGUGGGACCUUAUAUAGACAGGUUUGUGCCUUUCGAAAUCAUGUCCAAUCAAUUGAAUUUAGCACAGGUGGAAACCGGAUGCACCUGAGCUCAAUUUCGAGUCUCAACAAAGGGUCUGAAUACUUAUGUAAAUAAGGUAUUUCAGUUUAUUUUUAAUAUAUUUUCUAAAAUGUCUAAAAACCUGUUUUCGCUUUGUCAUUACGGGGUAUUGUGUGUAGAUGGAGGGAAAAAAAUGUAUUUAAUCUAUUUUAGAAUACGAAAUGUUGAAAAAGUCAAGGGGUCUGAAUACUUUCCAAAUGCACUGUAAUUAAUAAUACACAAUAAUAGGCUAUAUAAUACAAAUAUGAAUAUUGUAUCAAUAAUACUAUAAUAUAGUCUAAUGUCCCUGUCAAAUACCCUCACAGUAUUGCUGUCUUGAUAAGAGAUGUUGAACUCAGAGAAAAUUAUUUUGGCUGUCCAUGAACAACCCAUGACUACUUGGCCCAACUCCAGUGUCCUCUUUCUCCCCAAACAAAUGAUCAUUCAACAAUCAAUCUGCAAUUCUGUCUAAUUAAGGUCCCUAGCUUACCUAAGGGACUCCCAAAGCUGACAAACAUAUGGUCCAAGUCAGUUUUGCCACUCUGCUGAAAUAGUGAUGAAUUGGUAGAUUUUCAUGCCAAACAAAGAUCCGUCUACCCAACACAAACAUGUUUCUACCACUAACAGCUGUCUAUGUGAAUGCCUCCGGGCAAAAAGUUUGCCUUGUAAACCACAUGGCAAAGUUAGGCCCUCUGUGGAUAACAACUACUGUUUGCAUUUAAAUGAAUGUGAAAAGGUCACAUUACUGGAAGUAAAGAGGUUACAUUGAUUCAACCUUAUUCCAGUUAAAACAUGGUGCAUAUCUUGACGCGACGACUCCAGUCCAGUCCCAUUUCAUUGCUAGCUAACUUUGCUACCGUCCAACUCUCUCCCCUCCCAAGUUCAACAUCAAAGUCGCCUCAGCAUUGGAUAACAAUGCUAAUGUCCAUUUCUGGCUAACUUCGCUUAGGCCCACUCUCUGCAUGUCUCCCCUCUCAUCAGUCACAUUAGCAUUUUCUAACAAUGCUAAGGCUCCCAUUCCUAGCCUCAUUUCUGGCUAAUGACGUUAACUCUCCUCUCCCACCAGGUUCAACAUCAAAGUCAACCUCCAGCUGGUCACCAGCUUCAUGCUGACGGGCAUCUCGGGUGGCGCCAAGUACGCCCAGAACGGGCAGCUCUUCGCCCGCUUCAAGCUGACGGAGACGCUGUCGGAGGACACGCUGGCGGGCCGCCUAGUCAUGACCAAGGUUAACUCAGUCUUGCUGCUGCCCCUGGCCCGCCAGGAGUGGUGCAGCCAGCCCCCGGGGGUCAAGGAGCGGGUCUACGAGGCCUGCAUCGAAGAGAAGACCAAGGACUACAUCUUCCUGCGGAUAUGCAAGGACUGCUGCGAGGAGCUGGGGUUGAUACCUGAUAGGGAACUGCAGGUACGGACCAAAUACGCCAUUGGAUAACACUGUGUGAUUGACCUAGCAACAAGUGGCUACAGAGGAGUUGAUUGGUUAGAAUAGAUCAUUUAUUUUUCAUCUGAGACUUAAAAAAUGGCAGCUGCCACAAUAGGUGUUUUCCAUUUUUUUUUGUGGGUAGGUUAUUGGAUAAAAGGAUCCAAAGUCCAGUAUGGCGUCAAUGCCAUUAUGUGUAGUUCAAUACAACCUAUAAUCACACCACGGGGGAGGUCUAUGCUUUUGAGUCACAAGGACAUCUUCCUUGACAUGGCGUCAGCCUCGAGAAGCUUGUUUAUGUCCCAUGUCACCACUGUCAGAGGAGGUGGCAUAGAAACUAUUCUAUGAGUCAGGUGAAUGGUUUCAACCCCCAAAAGGCCCACCAUCCCCAUCCUUCUUUCAGCCCAGGGCCAAUCUCCCAUUCCAUUGUGUCCUCUACCAAUUGAGAGCUGAGAAAUCAUUAAUGAAAGCCUCACCUCCACCUCUCCAACGUCUGAUGCUUUAGCGAAAGCAAACUCUCAGGGUGAAAGGUCCCCGUAUCGAUUACCACUUCACAAAGGUUAGCGCCGUCGACGGUAAGGCUGGCUCUCCAGGGAAAAUUGCACUAUGCCAGCGCGGCGAGAGAUCUAGAUUACUUUGCCCAGUGGCGGCUGAAGGCUGAUCUUUCUCGCCGGUGUGAAUGAUUGGCUGGUGGGGAAAACGAGGCCCGGGCAUGUGCAAUUAUCCAAACAAGCCUGUUGCUGGGAAUAUAAUCUGUCCGUCAUGUUUUGGAGAGUGCCGCUUGGUUGCACGUGUCUUUCUAUCUCUUGGUCUUUCUGUUAUUAUCCUUUGCCAUUUUUGAAUUUCUCUCUCCCCUCAAUGUUUUUAUUGUAAUUUUUUUCUCUUACAUCCCCCUCUCUCUCGCUUCCUUUCUCUCUGUCACUCUCUUGCUCUCUCUCUUGCUCUCUCCUCCCUCUCUUUUUUGGUUUCCUUCUUGAUUCCUCUUUCUCCACACUUUACUGCUGGCCUCUGUACCUGUUAGCAGCUCAUGUCUGGCUAAGUGAUUAGGACAGGGCCCGUGGCGAUGGGGGAAUUAAAGCUAGCUAUCUAGCCACCCGCUGGAAACCCAUGCUAUUAUGAAAUUAAACAGAAGUUUGUCAGGGGGAGAAUGUGCCCCCUAGCCUCCCUAGUUAUCAACGAAGAGCCUUGAUUGCCAGUGCCAAGCAGACUGGCCCCAUAUAAGGAACAAAUGUAGGGAUGGAAUCCAGACAAUAAAACGGAAUUCAACAAUAUAAAAACCAUUUUUGAACUUGUAUGUUGAAUUGAGCGCAGCUUCCACUAUAUGUAGCUGUUAGCGAUGAUGCUAAUGAAAAAUCUUCUGGUAGACGGAAAGGCUUUCCCAAAAGCCUUCUCAAUUAAAUGUUAGGUACAAAGUAGCCUAUGCUUAACUGGCAGAAUUAUAUCAUGAUUAUUUGCUUAUUUGUUUAGCAAAUUCUGCCAUUACAUGUGCGCCUCAAAAACAUCUCCAGCCUCUUUCUAGGUGUGCAAUAUAGUUAAAGGGCCAUAUAAACUACACUAGGGCCAUAUAAAAUCUGUGAUGCGGAGAACACGGACGGAAUCACAGAAUCCAGACAUUAAAAUGGAAUUAAACAAUAUUCAAAAAACAUAUUGAACUUAGUAGGGAAUCAACUAAAUGUAUUGAAAGUUAGUUAAUUUGCUCAAGUUUAUCAUCAGACAUGAACAGAAUGCAUCAGUGAUUCGUAUUUCCUGCAACUUUCUGAAAAGGCAAUGAGAAUUCCACGUCUGUGUGUGCGGUGUAUCUACCGCUAUAUGUAGCUGUUAGCGAUGAUGGUAUAAAAAGGAUUCUGGUAGAUGGAAAGGCUUUCCCAAGAACCUUCUCAGUUAAAUGUUAGUUAUACAAAGUAGCCUAUGCCUACCUGACAGAAUAUCAUGGUUAUUUGCACCAAUCCAGUGGUUAUUUGUUUUGGAAACUCUACCAUCACAUGUGCACUACAAAAACAUUUCUAAACAACAGCCUUUUCCAAGGUGCACACUGGAAUUAAAGGGUGACUACACCCCAAAAAUCAAAAUUUCUAAAUUUUUUCCCAGACCUCAAGUGGUAUCUUGAUGUGAUUUAAGUAUUGUUGUGGACUUCAAAGAUCCAAUUUAGUUGUUUUUAUAUAUAAAAAAGUGAUUUUGAGAGCGAAAACCUGGAGAAAAAAACUGAAAGAAACAGGAUUUUAUAGGGUCCUAUACAGUGAGGGAAAAAAGUAUUUGAUCCCCUGCUGAUUUUGUCCGUUUGCCCACUGACAAAGACAUGAUCAGUCUAUAAUUUUAAUGGUAGGUUUAUUUGAAUAGUGAGAGACAGAAUAACAACAAAAAAAUCCAGAAAAACGCACUUUAAAAAAAUUAUGAAUUGAUUUGCAUUUUAAUGAGGGAAAUAAGUAUUUGACCCCUCUGCAAAACAUGACUUAGUACUUGGUGGCAAAACCCUUGUUGGCAAUCACAGAGGUCAGACGUUUCUUGUAGUUGGCCACCAGGUUUGCACACAUCUCAGGAGGGAUUUUGUUCCACUCCUCUUUGCAGAUCUUCUCCAAGUCAUUAAGGUUUCGAGGCUGAUGUUUGGCAACUCGAACCUUCAGCUCCCUCCACAGAUUUUCUAUGGGAUUAAGGUCUGGAGACUGGCUAGGCCACUCCAGGAUCUUAAUGUGCUUCUUCUUGAGCCACUCCUUUGUUGCCUUGGCCGUGUGUUUGGGUCAUUGUCAUGCUGGAAUACCCAUCCAUGACCCAUUGUCAAUGCCCUGGUUGAGGGAAAGAGGUUCUCACCCAAGAUUUGACGGUACAUGGCCCCGUCCAUCGUCCCUUUGAUGCAGUGAAGUUGUCCUGUCCCCUUAGCAGAAAAACACCCCCAAAGCAUAAUGUAUCCACCUCCAUGUUUGACGGUGGGGAUGGUGUUCUUGGGGUCAUAGGCAGCAUUCCUCCUCCUCCAAACACGGCAAGUUGAGUUGAUGCCAAAGAGCUCGAUUUUGGUCUCAUCUGACCACAACACUUUCACCCAGUUCUCCUCUGAAUCAUUCAGAUGUUCAUUGGCAGACUUCAGACGGCCCUGUAUAUGUGCUUUCUUGAGCAGGGGGACCUUGCGGGCGCUGCAUGAUUUCAGUCCUUCACGGCGUAGUGUGUUACCAAUUGUUUUCUUGGUGACUAUGGUCCCAGCUGCCUUUACAUCAUUGACAAGAUCCUCCCGUGUAGUUCUGGGCUGAUUCCUCACCGUUCUCAUGAUCAUUGCAAGUCCACGAGGUGAGAUCUUGCAAUGGAGCCCCAGGCCGAGGGAGAUUGACAGUUCUUUUGUGUUUCUUCCAUUUGCGAAUAAUCGCACCAACUGUUGUCACCUUCUACCAAGCUGCUUGGCGUUGGUCUUGUAGCCCAUUCCAGCCUUGUGUUAAGGUCUAACAAUCCUUGUCCCUGACAUCCUUGGAGGCCUUGUCUUCCAUGGUGGAGAGGAAUCUAUUGAUUGAUUGGCUUCUUUGACCGGUCUUUGGCCAUUCUCUCGCUUCCUUUCUCUCUGUUUCUCUGUCACUCUCUUGCUCUCUCCUCCCUCUCUUUUUUGGUUUCCUUCUUUAUUCCUCUUUCUCCACACUUUACUGCUGGCCUCUGUACCUGUUAGCAGCUCAUGUCUGGCUAAGUGAUUAGGACAGGGCCUGUGGCGAUGGGGGAAUUAAAGCUAGCUAUCUAGCCACCCGGUGGAAACCCAUGCUAUUAUGAAAUUAAACAGAAGUUUGUCAGGGGGAGAAUGUGCCCCCUAGCCUCCCUAGUUAUCAACGAAGAGCCUUGAUUGCCAGUGCCAAGCAGACUGACCCCAUAUAAGGAACAAAUGUAGGGAUGGAAUCCAGACAAUAAAACGGAAUUCAACAAUAUAAAACAUUUUUUUGAACUUGAAUGUUGCAUUGAGCACAGCUUUCACUAUAUGUAGCUGUUAGUGAUGAUGCUAAUGAAAAAUCUUCUGUUAGACGGAAAGGCUUUCCCAAAAGCCUUCUCAAUUAAAUGUUAAGUACAAAGUAGCCUAUGCUUAACUGGCAGAAUGAUAUCAUGAUUAUUUGCAUUCAUCCAGUGGGUAUUUGUUUAGCAAAUUCUGCCAUUACAUGUGCGCCUCAAAAACAUCUCCAGCCUCUUUCUAGGUGUGCAAUAGAAUUAAAGGGUAACUACACUAGGGCCGUAUAAAAUCUGCAAUGCGGAGAACACGGACGGAAUCACAGAAUCCAGACAUUAAAAUGGAAUUAAACAAUAUUCAAAAACGAAAUGAACUAACUUUCAAUACAUUUAGUUGAUUUGCCCAAGUUUAUCAUCAGACAUGAACAGAAUGCAUCAGUGAAUCGUAUUUCCUGCAACUUUCUGAAGAGGCAAUGAGAAUUCCACGUCUGUGUGUGCGGUGUAUCUACUGCUAUAUGUAGCUGUUAGCGAUGAUGGUAAUAAAAAGUAUUCUGGUAGAUGGAAAGGCUUUCCCAAGAACCUUCUCAAUUAAAUGUUAAUUAUACAAAGUAGCCUAUGCCUACCUGACAGAACGAUAUCAUGGUUAUUUGCACCAAUCCAGUGGUUAUUUGUUUUGCAAACUCUACCAUCACAUGUGCAACUACAAAAAACAUUUCUGAACAACAGCCUUUUCCAAGGUACUUCACUGGAAUUAAAGCCGGUGACGACACCCAAAAAUUCUAAUUUCGACCUCAAGUGGUUAUUUUGAUGUUGAUUUAAGUAUUGUUUGUGGACUUCAAAGAUCCAAUUUUUAGUUGUUUUUAUAUAUAAAAAAAGUGAUUUUGAGAGCGAAAACCUGGAGAGAAAAAAACUGAAAGAAACAGGAUUUUUAUAGGGUCCUAUACAGUGAGGGAAAAAAAGUAUUUGAUCCCCUGCUGAUUUUGCCGUGCUGCCCACUGACAAAGACAUUGAUCAGUCUAUAAUUUUAAUGGUAGGUUUAUUUGAAUAGUGAGAGGAACCGAAUAACAACAAAAAAAUCCAGAAAAACGCACUUUAAAACAUUAUGAAUUGAUUUGCAUUUUAAUGAGGGCAAAUAAGUAUUUGACCCCUCUGCAAAACAUGACUUAGUACUUGGUGGCAAAACCCUUGUUGGCAAUCACAGAGGUCAGACGUUUCUUGUAGUUGGCCACCAGGUUUGCACACAUCUCAGGAGGGAUUUUGUUCCACUCCUCUUUGCAGAUCUUCUCCAAGUCAUUAAGGUUUCGAGGCUGAUGUUUGGCAACUCGAACCUUCAGCUCCCUCCACGGAUUUUCUAUGGGAUUAAGGUCUGGAGACUGGCUAGGCCACUCCAGGAUCUUAAUGUGCUUCUUCUUGAGCCACUCCUUUGUUGCCUUGGCCGUGUUUUUUGGGUCAUUGUCAUGCUGGAAUACCCAUCCAUGACCCAUUGUCAAUGCCCUGGUUGAGGGAAAGAGGUUCUCACCCAAGAUUUGACGGUACAUGGCCCCGUCCAUCGUCCCUUUGAUGCAGUGAAGUUGUCCUGUCCCCUUAGCAGAAAAACACCCCCAAAGCAUAAUGUAUCCACCUCCAUGUUUGACGGUGGGGAUGGUGUUCUUGGGGUCAUAGGCAGCAUUCCUCCUCCUCCAAACACGGCGAGUUGAGUUGAUGCCAAAGAGCUCGAUUUUGGUCUCAUCUGAACACAACACUUUCACCCAGUUCUCCUCUGAAUCAUUCAGAUGUUCAUUGGCAGACUUCAGACGGGCCUGUAUAUGUGCUUUCUUGAGCAGGGGGACCUUGCGGGCGCUGCAUGAUUUCAGUCCUUCACGGCGUAGUGUGUUACCAAUUGUUUUCUUGGUGACUAUGGUCCCAGCUGCAUUGACAUCAUUGACAAGAUCCUCCCGUGUAGUUCUGGGCUGAUUCCUCACCGUUCUCAUGAUCAUUGCAACUCCACGAGGUGAGAUCUUGCAUGGAGCCCCAGGCCGAGGGAGAUUGACAGUUCUUUUGUGUUUCUUCCAUUUGCGAAUAAUCGCACCAACUGUUGUCACCUUCUCACCAAGCUGCUUGGCGAUGGUCUUGUAGCCCAUUCCAGCCUUGUGUAGGUCUACAAUCUUGUCCCUGACUGGGGAGAGUUUGGAAUCUGAUUGAUUGAUUGAUUGCUUCUGUGGACAGGUGUCUUUUGUACAGGUAACAAACUGAGAUUAGGAGCACUCCCUUUAAGAGUGUGCUCCUAAUCUCAGCUCGUUACCUGUAUAAAAGACACCUGGGAGCCAGAAAUCUUUCUGGUUGAGAGGGGGUCAAAUAGUUAUUUCCCUAAUUAAAAUGCAAAUCAAUUUAUAACAUUUUUGACAUGCGUUUCUCUGGAUUUUUUUGUUGUUAUUCUGUCUCUCACUGUUCAAAUAAACAUACCAUUACAAUUAUAGACUGAUCAUUUCUUUGUCAGUGGGCAAACGUACAAAAUCAGCAGGGGAUCAAAUACUUUUUUCCCUCACUCUAAAUGGUUGCCCCGUCCAUGAAAAGGAGUGAGGGAGACCGACACUUUGAAUUCUUAGCAUUGCAUUUAUUGAUGAUAGGCCAUUGAUUAAUAUGUCAGAGUGCAGUUGUUCAGAGCUACUUGUUUCCAGCCUCUCCUCUCCUCUAAACUGGAUCUUUAUUUAGUCACUCAAAACACUUGGUUUGAGUGACCUAAAUGAGUGACCACAACAUCUGACUGCUCCUGACCGUCUGAUGACUGACCAAGACCACCUCUGUCUUCUGAUCGUCCAUGAGUGACCACUCCUGUGUUCCCCUCUGACACAGGUGGAGCUGCAGUUCCAGUUGAACCGCCUGCCCCUGUGUGAGAUGCACUAUGCUCUGGACCGCAUCAAAGACAAUGGCAUCCUGUUCCCAGACGCCAGCCUUACUCCCACCAUCCCCUGGAGCCCCAACAGGUACACACACACACACACACACACCAUUCCCGUAGCCCCAACAGGUACUAUCCAACCCCCCCCCAGACCAGGGGUAUUCACAUCUGAGCCUGGAGGUCUGCUGGUUUUCUGUUCUACCUGAUAAUGAAUUGCAACCACCUGGUGUCCCAGGUCUAAAUCAGUUCUUGAGGAUAAUAAUGAAAAUCAGAAGUGGAACUGGCUUCGAGGUCCAGAUUUGAAUUUGUCCAUGCUGUGCAAACAGAUUCAGGACAGCCAUUGUUAAUCAGAAUCUGCCCAACAGUCCCCUUACUCACCCCCAUCGAUCCAUGUGAGGUUUUGCCAUGAAUUUUGGCGGAGGACAUUUUUCAAUAAAGAUUAUGCAAUAACCUACGUGUGUGUGUAAAAUGUUAUUCUAGCUUGCAUACUCCUUUAGGUUAAAUACAGAAGUCUCCCUAAAACAUGCAUGGUAAAUUAGCUUCGCUAAUACGUUCACACCGGAAUGAAGUUGAGAAAGGUGACCGAGACUAGCUGCCCUCGCUGACUAGGCGGCCAUUUUGAAAAGCUGUCAGUUCUCCCGGCUUUAGAUAUCUCGUCUAAAGUCAGAGAAAUGUUGGAACGCCACAGAUUAAUCUUUAUUGACAAGAACCCAAGAGUCAACUGUCAAGACUAAUCCUUUGCUUCCAAAUAAUUAAUUAAUCUGGUUUCCUGAAUAUGAUUGACACUGUAUAGGCUUUGAUUAAAGUUUUAAUUCGCUGUAACUUUUGACAAUGUUUAUUAGGACAAUCACCCCCUAAACUAGCUCCAUAUGGCAGUAACCAGCUUUGGAUAAAGUCCGUAAAUACUAUUGGUCCAUAUGUGCUUCACGUCAUUAAGAUAAUUGUAUGAGAAUAAGUGGUAUUAAAAAUGGGUUUGAAAUAAUAUGGAAAGUGUUGCCUGUUAGAAUAAGUAGGUUAUAUUGCUUGUCACUAGUUAUGUAGGCCAAACAAAGCCCCUGCCUUGCCUGACUGCAUGGGGACUAUUGACUGCCAUGUUGAUUGGUCAUGAAUAAGCUAUUUGGCCAGCGCCAAUGCACUUGUCUCCUGUGUCUGGGUUUCUCAGACCAGCUGUGCACCCUGUGUCUGUUUGUUUCACCACCCAUACAUAAUGCUUUUGAUCAGCCUCACCAGCCAGCCAUACCAAGGCCUCGAGAGUCCUCACCCCUCUUCAGACCUCAUUACUCUGUGUGUGGGCCUCCCAGCUCAGUUUAAACCCUGACCUGGCUCUCCAUUCAUCUCCACUGACCUCUGAACCCAUCCUUCUGCCCUACCUAUUCACAGCCCCAUCACGGUGGUUACAGCUGCCUUUAGCAUGGCUGGGCCUGUAUAUGAUCGACUGGGCGGCUGUUCAGCUCCACUGGGCCAGUGCUUUCUAAUGAGGCCCGGGAUGCUAGUAGCCUGGGAGACUGGCCCACGGUUUAUCACACUUAAGAGGGUGUGGAAGUGGGGUUUGGUGUGUAAAUAUGAUCUAUGUCCCCUCCUUGUUAGGGAUCCCAUGAGCGAUGCUGCUUGUGAGCCAGCCAGCAAACUAAUCGACUUAGUUUCAAUGGGAAUCUCAUCCCCCUCCUUCCUCCCCUAUCUCAUCCCCUCUCUCUCUCCCACCCUGCAGGCAGUGGGACGAGCAGCUGGACCCGCGUCUAAACGCCAAGCAGAAGGAGGCCAUCCUGGCCAUCACCACGCCUCUCACCAUCCCCCUGCCCCCUGUGCUCAUCAUCGGGCCCUACGGCACGGGCAAGACCUUCACCCUGGCACAGGCCGUCAAGCACAUCCUCAGGCAGGACGACAGCAGGUGAGGCGGGCACCACACGCCAACACCGCUACGGCCAGAUGGGUCGCUCUAAAAGGGCAAAGGGCGAAAGGGCAAGGUUACUGCUGCUGCUGGGGCUACCGGCAGCCUUGGAGUUGACAUUUAGUUAAGAAAACACUCAGGGUGACAUUGUCAAGUUGGGUGUAUCUUCCAAUCAGAAUGUGUCACUGAAGGCAAUUGGAGGAUGUGUGUGGGUUAUGCAAAUGUCCGUAGAUUGGGAUUGAGACAGCGAUUGUUUGGUUGAUUGUGUUUGGAUGAUUGAAUGACAAAUCGAAGACCAUGUUACUCCGCAAUCUCCAUUCAAGUGAACCAUGUUGUGUUCAACUGAAUUGUCAUUACAACGGCCUGUGGAGUCUGUUCCAACAGAAUGCCUUGUUGUAAUAGAAUGCGAAAUGCCCAGAAGGUUCCCGCUCUUCCACUUUUUGCUCAUUCUCUUGUUAGUACGGCGAGACGCUGACAGGAAAUGAUAUUGGCUGGUGUAAAAAUAGGAAACGACAAUGUUUCCUGCGUUUUUAUACAAAAAUAAGAGAAUACAUUGUGGCAUUUGGCCUUGAACAUAAGAUGUUUUAUUUUAUAAAGCUUUCAUACAUAAUAAAAAAAUAUGUUCUGAAAAAUGUGUAGGAAUGCAAUAUUCAUCUGAAACUUUCCAACUGAAUAUGUUAAAUAUUAUAUGGUGGGAAUGAAUUAUGGAUGUUUUAAAAGCAGAUACAAGGAGGGUGAUUGACCCCUAUAGACAGUUGUUCAUCAUGUUAACUUUCUGAGAAAUAGGAACAUGCAGUCCUCGGUCAAGUGCACAACGUUCCUGCAACGCUGUUUAAGGGAUGUGUUAACAUGUUCACUUAAAUGAAUGUCCUAGAAUUGUCAGUAUUGCCUCAAAGUAGAAACAGUAGGUGUUAUGUCACUUCUAGUCAAUGAUUCUCUGACAUACCUACUUGUCUUUAUUAUUAGGGCCUGCCGUUUUUCCUCUUAAGUCCUGACACAUUUGUCCCCUUUUUUUUCUGCAGGGUCCUCAUUUGCACCCAUUCCAACAGUGCGGCUGACCUGUACAUAAAGGACUACCUUCAUCCAUAUGUAGAAGCUGGCAACGCGCAUGCAAGACCUCUCAGGUAAGGGUCUACAAACGCUCUACAAGGGCAGCACCUCUUCAGAACACUGAGACCCUCAUAAGAAACAAUACAAUGCAAUACUUGCUUUAUUCCAAGAUAUUCAUCAUUUUUUGCUGUACCAGUACCCAACCUUGAGAGUUCAUUGCUUACACAUCUUUAAAGGAACAUGUCUGCCGCCUGAAAUCAAUCCCCACCUCUUGUGAACAGUGUGCUUUCGGGCAUUCAGUUCUCACUGCUGCCUGAGACAUCAACAAACCCAAAUCCACUCAUAGUUGCAUGGAAUCGCAGUCAAAACCAAUGAUCAGAUUGAUCCAUCCACAUCAUUGAGGUUAGAGGUGCAGUGGAACGGAACAGCGGUUGCCUUAUGGCUGUGAGCUUGGCAGACCUCAAUCUUUCUGAGGAGAUGUGUCCUGGCCCCACAACACAGCAGCUGUGACAUGCAGACUCCUAUAUUCCUCCCUUUCUCCCCUACACUCAAUCUCCUUCCCUCGACUACUGCUUCAGUGACUUCUAAUCACAGUAACUGUAAUCCAGCCCCCCAACAAAAUAAAAAUGUAUCCCUGACUUCUAGCCAGACUCUAUGUGGCAGUGAAGGCCCUGCAGGGGGAACAAAUGACUUGUUACACUUGACUGAUGGCCUGAUAUCAAGGGCUGUGUUUGGGAAUCCCACUGUAAUCGCCAUGUAAUUGGGCGAUCAGCCAAUUUCUCCUGGGGCUUUGUGUGCUUAGCCAAGUGAGAAGGCCAUACGUGUACAUGCUGAAGGCGAUACACAGACAGUUCUUUAGGUCAGCUAAAUCCUGUCGAGGCACAAAACCCCAUAAGGAAUGAGACGAUACAACCAAUGGAGUGAUAUGAAAAUGUCAGGACAGUUGCAAAAUGCUAAAAGUAUAAAAAGUCGAUGUUGCUGAUUUGUGUGUCUACUUGUCAAUUGCAAGUAGAGUAAUAGAAAUGUAAAAUAAAUAAUCCCAUCGUAUUAAAACCAGUAAAUGGAUACUUCUCUAUGUUAAUAUGUAUCUGUUGCUGUUGAUUUGUCAGCCCAGUUUGUCUGGAAUUAACCAUCCCACUGUGUCCUCUCUCUCUCUACCCCCAGGGUAUACUUCAGGAACCGCUGGGUGAAGACUGUCCACCCGUUGGUGCAGCAGUACUGUUUGAUCUCUAACACACAGUACACUUUCCAGAUGCCCGAGAGGGAGGACAUCCUCAGGCACCGCGUGGUGGUGGUCACCCUCAGCACCUCCCAGUACCUCUGCCAGCUGGACCUGGAGCCAGGUGAGUGGCUAACCGCUGACAUAGCAUAUCCACUCAAUGUAGCAUACACAGCUUACGUAGCAUACACAGGUGCUUGGUUUGCUAACUGCUUAACGUAGCAAAUAUGGCUAAUGUAGCAGCAUAUACUGUACUGGUGCUUGGAUUGCUAACUGCUAACAUAAUAGGAAUACACAGAUAACCUAGCAUACGCAGAUAACAUAGCAUACACCGCUAACGUAACACAUAGAUAAGGUAGCAUAUACUGGUGCUACAAUGACUUGAUACAUUGAGCUGUAUAGCCACAUUAAUCAACAUGGAACACACAGCUAAUGUAGCACAUAGCAAACGUAGCAUACACUGGUGCUAUAACUAUUUGAUACAAGGAGCUGUAUAGCUAGGAACAUACUGUAAAAGCCUUUAAAUGAACCCAAGUGAGCGGUGCAACUGCAAACUGCUUGUUAAGACGGCUUAGGCUACAUGCAAAUGUUAUGCAUUUAACAAGCAGUUUUGUUUUAACAAGCUCAUAAAGUCAACAGAAUGACAACAGGGCCGUUAAACGAUCCCAACACCCACCUACCGAGAUGUAGCUACAUCACACAUCUCAAACCCGCCCCAACGCGUCUUUUGAUCAGCCGCCACGCCUUCCCCGUAACGCCAGGAGACUGCAUGGCAGAGAGAAGACGGUGGAAACAAAAACCAAUUUGUCAGCAGCGAGCUAAUAACCGUCUCUAAUGUGUCAGCGGAGGGCUUUGUCUGUUGCUUAGGAACACCAUCUGCCUGUUUCCAAUGUGCUUUACAUUAUUAGGCCCCUCCCCCCCUUGCGUUUCAUCCAUCUCCCACGCUCGCUGUUGAUGAAAACCGCCGACAAAUGAGGCAAUUGGGAGCCCCUCACACACCUUUGUAGUGAUGACAAAUCACAAAUCCUGUACACAUGUCGAACAGGUUGCUUUGGCUCUUAUCUUUUUUUGUUUUGGCUUUUCCAUCUCCUCUUCUCUAUGGGCCAGGCUUUUGGCAGCCUGUGGUUUGUCUGUGUAUGUGUGAGAUGACCGAGAGAAUUACAUUUGUCUCCUAGAACUACAUUUGACUCCUAAAUAGUCUACCUCCUAACACCACCGCACCCCCCCAGUGCGCUCCUUAAUCCCCCAGUUCAGGCCAAAUUCCACGGCCAUCGUUAGUCAUAUGAUGGAUAGCGGGUAUGGAAAUGCAAUUUGGCCCCUGGUUUCUGGACGGCCCCGAAAGGCAUUUACAGCCCGUCCCCCUUCAUAUCCGCCUGCCCCCGCUCAUAAACAGAACAGAACCUGCCUUACUUCCCUCUUUUACGGCAAGCCUCGAGGUACACUACAGACCCAUAUGUAAUUAUCAUUGUACAUCAUUCCUAUGCGUUAUGCGCCGCAUUACAUAUUUAUGAGGGUGGAGCAGCAGGGAGCGGUAGUGCUAGCUUCACCUUUGGCUGGGGUUAGAGGUCACCUAUAGUGCAUGUUGUUAAUAAUGACUCAUAUGACAAUGGGAGGUGAAGUUAUGGUACUUUGGUGUCUUUGUAGUCUCUUAACUGACAUACAGGGUGCUAUAUGCAAAUAACCCUACUACAAUAGAUGGUAGAAUGUGCUUUAUAUUUUGUCUCUUACUCAAGUGCAACAGCAGUUCCAACGCUCAACAUGAAUACAAACUUUGUCGUGCAUUUUGCAAAAGAUUUUGUUGUAAAGAUAAAUAUUGUAAUAUGACCUUGGACUAUACAGAACAUGAAUGCAUUCCACUCCUGUCCGUUUUUUUUAAAUUCUGAAGUAUGCUAGUACCAAAAGUUCAAGAAAAAUCCACGAAAACCCUCCAACGGCCUCGAUUGAUCCGUUUCUCCACCAUCAUACUGUAUGUCUCCACUUGUCCUGUGGAAAUGGUGAGGCGUUUGGACCCGGCUGUAUGGUGGUUGUUCCUUCCACCUCUCCCUGCCUGCUCUGCUCCGACAGUCCUCUACUAUGCCGUUUCAUCCUCAUGUGCCGAGCAGCGCUUGAGCCUUUUUAAAUCAGGGUUACCGCUCGAUCCCUUUCAAACGUCUGCAAUACCAGCUUUAGUGUGUAUAGGGGCUGCUGUCUGAAGUUGAGGGAGGGAAAGAGAUGGGGCAGAAGACAAGCCCGCAUUUAUCUUUUUUUCUUCUGUGUAUUUGUUUGUUUUUGCUGUCGACUCAAUCGCAAAGCCAGACGGACAAGAAACAAAAAACUAACUGUCUGUACAUAACCUUCUCCUCAUGGGCUGAGCAGGGUUUUGAGUAUUUUAAAUCAGGGAUACCACCGCUCAAACCCUUUCAAACGGCUACUGUUGAAGAUGGAUAGAGAGGGGGCAGAAGAUAAACAUUUUUGCUCCAAUGUGUUUUUUUUGUUUAGAUGAUGCAAUCACAAAACCAGACAGGCAAGACACAAAAUAAGAGCUGGAACAAUAAGCGCAUCGAAAGUAAAGCCUACAAGUUUACAGAACGAAGAGUAAAUGAGAGCGUUCGUCAUAGUUUAUUUGGGGUUAGAGAGUUCAUGUUUGUCAAUUUUAAUAUUGAAAGGACAAUGCGCUAGUAACGACUAAGACCAACACAUCGGAACGUUGGACCCCGAUCCAAAAGGACCAAACUGGAAAAGUAUACAUAGCAGAUCUGUACCACACAAUAUCAAAUCAAUCAUUAUCCAAUGAGGUUGUGAUGUUACAAGUGUCAUUGUGUAUUACUAAUAGCAUCCACCAUAAGCACCACAGACCAAUGCAUUGCUGAUGUCUUGACCUUGCUAGCCUGCAAUGACCCGUGCACCAUUUGUUUCAAGGAGCCUAAUGAAUCCUCACCUCAUGGUAAUUAAUGGGUCCUCUAACGGUGCUGUGACUGAAAUGGUUUAUUGUGUUCUUGUGUGUCCGCAGGGCUCUUCUCUCACAUCCUAUUGGACGAGGCAGCCCAGGCCAUGGAGUGUGAGACCAUCAUGCCUUUCGCGCUUGCCAGCAAAAGCACCCGCAUCGUGCUGGCUGGGGACCACAUGCAGGUAAAACUGCGGUUUAGGAUGAGGUUUAUGAUGAUGUCAUUGGUUUAAACAAACUCUGACCUUUUGAAACGAACUCACUGUAACUCCUUUUUAGGGCCUUGAGUUUUUCUUGGUCAGGUCAUGUAGUGGAAAAACUUGGGCCUUACUCAUAUUCUCUCAUGCAAAUGACCUCCGAGUUCUGUAGUCCUUUGCCAAGCUAGCAAAUAAAAACCAGUGUAUCCCCCAAGUCCUUUACAUUUCCAUGUGCUUUGGACUCCGUCGUUAGCCUGUGGCUAACUUCACAUUGGCCGUGAGUGAAACAGACUGAGGAAAGAAAGAACUUGGCAGAGAGAGCAUGUUUACCUUUCAUAGUCCAGUCAGACGAGGCAAACUAAAGUAAACUCCCCCUGUCAGUCAAGCUUUGUGGAACACUCUUAUUUCCGUUUCUUUUUGUGUUCUGAACAUUGUGUUUAUUGAGUGCAACAGGAAAGGAUUAAGAGUGGGCAGUAGAUAAAUACACCUGGCUGGAGUUUAACCAUGCCAUAACGGUUUUAAUUCUUUCUCUACUCCUUCUUGCGACCUCUCAGAAGGAACAAUGCCUCGAAAAAUGCUCAAUUCUCCUCUCCUGCCUCUCCUCUGUCGCUUUCUUUCUCUCUUGCGUUCUCUCUCUGUCUCGCUCUCUUUCUGUCUACCUCUCUCUCUCCCUCUACAUCUUAAUCUGUUGCACUUUGUCUGUACGCUACGUGUCUGUUGCCAAGGAGGAUUUCUUUGCCCCUCUCCUAUUCUGUCUGUUAUCACUGUUCAUUAUGGGAUGUUGUUUUGUCUCUCGGCUGAACGAAGUAGGCUGAGAAUAGUGUAUGAAGGUCCUCGGCUCCUAUUGACUUCAGGUCUUCUAUUCACUGUGUGUGCCUCUUUAAAAGCCUGGCUGAACUUUUCCCCUGAGAGACUGGGAGGUUCAACCUGGAGCUAAAUUACCACAAACACAAAACAAUCUACAGUGAGGGAAAAAGAGAAUUUGAUCCCCUGCUGAUUUUGUACGUUUGCCCACUGACAAAGAAAUGAUCAGUCUAUAAUUUUAAUGGUAGGUUUAUUUGAACAGUGAGAGACAGAAUAACAACAAAAACAUCAAGAAAACUCAUGUCAAAACUGUUAUAAAUUGAUUUGCAUUUUAAUAAGUAUUUGACCCCUCUGCAAAACAUGACUUAGUACUUGGUGGCAAAACCCUUGUAGGCAAUCAUAGAGGUCAGCCGUUUCUUGUAGUUGGCCACCAGGUUUGCACACAUCUCAGGAGGGAUUUUGUCCCACUCCUCUUUGCAGAUCUUCUCCAAGUCAUUAAGGUUUCGAGGCUGACGUUUGGGAACUCUAACCUUCAGCUCCCUCCACAGAUUUUCUAUGGGAUUAAGGUCUGGAGACUGGCUAGGCCACUCCAGGACCUUAAUGUGCUUCUUCUUGAGCCACUCCUUUGUUGCCUUGGCCGUGUGUUUUGGGUCAUUGUCAUGCUAGAAUACCCAUCCACGACCCAUUUUCAAUGCCCUGGCUGAGGGAAGGAGGUUCUCACCAAAGAUUUGACGGUAUAUGGCCCUGUCCAUCGUCCCUUUGAUGCGGUGAAGUUGUCCUGUCCUCUUAGCAGAAAAACACCCCCAAAGCAUAAUGUUUCCACCUCCAUGUUUGACGGUGAGGAUGGUGUUCUUGGGGUCAUAGGCAGCAUUCCUCCUCCUCCAAACACGGCAAGUUGAGUUGAUGCCAAAGAGCUCGAUUUUGGUCUCAUCUGACCACAACACUUUCACCCAGUUCUCCUCUGAAUCAUUCAGAUGUUCAUUGGCAAACUUCAGACGGGCCUGUAUAUGUGCUUUCUUGAGCAGGGGGACCUUGCGGGCGCUGCAGGAUUUCAGUCCUUCACGGCGUAGUGUGUUACCAAUUGUUUUCUUGGUGACUAUGGUCCCAGCUGCCUUGAGAUCAUUGACAAGAUCCUCCUGUGUAGUUCUGGGCUGAUUCCUCACCAUUCUCAUGAUCAUUGCAACUCCACGAGGUGAGAUCUUACAUGGAGCCCCAGGCCGAGGGAGAUUGACAGUUAUUUUGUGUUUCUUCCAUUUGCGAAUAAUCGCACCAACUGUUGUCACCUUCUCACCAAGCUGCUUGGCGAUGGUCUUGUAGGCCAUUCCAGCCUUGUGUAGGUCUACAAUCUUGUCCCUGACAUCCUUGGAGAGCUCUUUGGUCUUGGCCAUGGUGGAGAGUUUGGAAUCUGAUUGAUUGAUUGCUUCUGUGGACAGGUGUCUUUUAUACAGGUAACAAGCUGAGAUUAGGAGCACUCCCUUUAAGAGUGUGCUCCUAAUCUCAGCUCAUUACCUGUAUAAAAGACACCUGGGAGCCAGAAAUCUUUCUGAUUGAGAGGGGGUCAAAUACUUAUUUCCCUCAUUUAAAUGCAAAUCAAUUUAUAACAUUUUUGACAUGCGUUUCUCUGGAUUAUUUUGUUGUUAUUCUGUCUCUCACUGUUAAAAUAAACCUACCAUUGAAAUUAUAGACUGAUCAUUUCUUUGUCAGUGGGCAAACGUACAAAAUCAGCAGGGGAUCAAAUACUUUUUUCCCUCACUGUAGUUUAGCCUGUGUCAGAUUAGAGGUAAUUGCUAUUGGGGGGGGUUUGUGUGUCUUUAGCGUAUCUAAAUCAAAGGUGCUGUUGAGGAUGUUUUUCGGAGCACCUCAACGUGUUAUGCUAACUUUAACUCUUUUAUUAUUUCUUAUUGUGGCAUUGUCGAAGGAACCUGCAAGUAAGCAUUUAGUUGGACAGUGUUUAUAUACCAUGUGUAUCCUGUACAUACGACUAAUAAAACUUGAAACUUGACAAAUCACGCUAAUGGCACAACAUCUCUGCAGAAAUGUAGCGACUGAUGAUAAGAUACUGGCAUCUUUGGUUUUGGAGACACAGGUACAUUUUCUAUUUUAUUUAGAUUCGGUUGGACGGGAACUCAUUGAUUUGGAGCAUUGUUAGGUACACAGACUACAUGACAUGAGCUGUCGAAGAAGUUGUCUUUUGAGUACGGCAAGACGGUCUGUUCCAUUAGCCAAAUGGACAUUAUUUGAAACCAAAAGUAGAUGUAGAAUGAAUUUUGAUCAAACCAAAUAUUGCCCCUAAACAUUUACAGUUCCAGUUUUAUUGACUACAAAUGCAGAACAUACAAAACUCCAGUCAGGUUAUAUCGUCACCUGCACAUCCCUGUUGAAUUGAAAAGAAACAAACGAAAAAUAAAUUGAGGAUGUUACUCAAGAUGCAUUUUACUCAAUGUUUUAGGGUUGCCCUUACUUCUCUACCUCCAUCUCUCUCUUUUCCCCGUUCCCUCCCUCCAGCUCAGUCCGUUUGUGUACAGCGAGUUUUCUCGAGAGCGGAACCUGCAUGUGUCGCUGUUGGACCGGCUGUACGAGCACUACCCAGCCGAGUUCCCCUGCCGCAUCCUGCUCUGUGAAAACUACCGCUCCCACGAAGCUAUCAUCAGGUAGGUGUGAACUCUAUCACGCCGCCAAGAGGGGGUGGGAGGGGAAGGAUGGGGAGGAGGGGGUGAGUGCAGUCAGCGCAUCAUGAAUAAACACUCAGCAAUAGUGAGGGGGGGGGGGGAUUGAUCGUUACAUAUCGCAAUAUUUUUAACGAUAUUAUAUCGAUAUUGAUUUGUUAAAUACAUCGAAUUUGACCCCGCCUCUGCAACAUCGUUUACAAAUGGGAGGUUUUAUGCAGGCAGAAGACUUGACAGAGUUGACAGUCCCUCUUGGCUAUUGACAUACAUAAAAGCCCAAUGUACACUCGGAGUCCCAUGACCACAGUGUUAAACAAUUCUCAGAUGGGGAUGCUGAAAGUUUUAAGUGGUGGUUUAUGAAAGAAGCUUACGCAAUGUGUUUGAAGUGGUUACUCCACUUUAAAGUGGUUUUUGUAUUUUAUAUAGUUGAGAUGUUCAAAUGCUUUUCACUCACACACAUUUACAUUUGGAGAACAUUGUGAAUGCAGAUUUCUUUACAAGAAUCUCGAAAGUCACUAGGAACGGCGAGGACCGUAUGGAAUGGAAAACUAUCCAAACAGAUGGCACAAUUGUCGAAGAAUAGCCGCAAUGCACGCAACCGUAUCCGUAUUCAAUGCACGCCCAUGCAACCAUGCCUUUCUCAACUGACGCCUGUUGCAACUGUGACAUUUGUGAAGACCCACUGAUGUUAAGUCUCCCACCCUCCCUACCUUCAGCUACACGUCAGAGCUGUUCUACGACGGGAAACUGAUGGCCAGCGGGAAGCAGCCGUCUCACAAGGACUUCUACCCGCUGACCUUCUUCACAGCGCGCGGCGAGGACGUCCAGGAGAAAAACAGCACGGCCUACUACAACAACGCCGAGGUAUAAACCAUUUAGUUCCCUGUACACCACUGACUUAGGACUGUAUUGAUUGAAUUGAAUUAGUGCGUUCAUGGUGAAUUGAAUGUUGAUUGAAUUAGUGCGUUCAUGGUGAAAUUUAAAUGGUGAAUCAUUCAAAGGAAUCGAGUUGAAAUGCACACACAGACAAAACACACCCCAUGCAGUCAACAUUACUGUAAUGUAUUACUUGUGCCUCAUAUUAUUUAUUGAGCUUCACAACCAGACAUGUAUUUGGAAAAUACCCGGCACUAAACGCUAAUUCCUUGUGAAAGCCCAGCAUUUAAACCAGGCACUCCAGGGACUGAGUUUGACAGUCAGAGGUGCCUCUCCUAGAUCUGAGGGGAAACUCGCCAAGUUGACCCAUGAACCCAGCUGACAGAAGCUUGACAGAAGCUGCCCAAUUAAAUUGGAUCUGCUCCCAUCACAGCGCUGCGCCAACCUGUCAUAGACGCCACAGGAAUUACCCGACCUCCCUUUGACGAUACCACACCUGUGUCAAAUGGCUCGGGACAUUAGCAUAAUCUCAUAGGUUUAGGUUGCCUUGAUUAAGUGUGUGUGUCCUGUUGUAUGUCUGCUGAUGUGAUGUCUGCGCUGGAUUCUCCUAGUUUUUUCCCGUCAUUGGCUGAAAAGGCCCCUUGUGCAGCAGUCAUUUCCACCGUCUCUUUAGUUCUGCUUACUCUUUGGGGGUUUUAGGCCCUGGUUAAGUACUUUGACGACUCAUAAAAAGUGGCAACAAGUUGAUUAAAAUGUACUGAUGUCCCCUGCGUUGAGCUUGUAAUGUUUCAAUUGACACCUAUGGAGGAUGAAAAGGUUUUUGUUUGGAGGCAACAUGGACGCCCUGCCUUCCAGGACAAAUGUUUCUAUCCAGCUCGAAGGUCCAUGAAAAAGCGUGCCACCUUGUAGUCAGUGAGGAGUAGGGUGAAAUUGCCCCUAGCUGCUGAUCUUGGGUCAGUUUUGCAUUUCCCCCACUUAUGGUUAAGGCUAGUAUUGGGGAGGGGAAGCUGAUCCUAGAUCUGUACCUAGGGGAAAUGUCACCCCAGAGAAGAUGCCAGUUUUUGGACAUGAUCUAUGAGAAACACUGGCACUUGUAACCAGUCUCUCCUUCCUGUGUUACUCGAGGUGUUUGAGAUCGUGGAGCGGGUGGAGGAGAUGCGUAAGAAGUGGCCGGUGGCGUGGGGCAAGCUGGACGAGGGCAGCAUCGGCGUGGUAUCGCCCUACGCCGACCAGGUAUUCCGCAUUCGCGCCGAGCUCCGAAAGAAGAGGAUGCACGAGGUCAGCGUGGAGAGGGUGCUCAACGUCCAAGGUGAGAAGAAUACUUUUUGAAUAUUUAUUGAUCCAUUGCCUUACAAUGGAUCAAUAAAUAAACAAUGAUUAUUUAAAUUAACUUAUGACACUACGUUCCACUAUAACCCAUGGCACAGACAGACAUUUGGCCCAUAUUUGCUAUCAAAUAGAAUAACAAUUUCAAUACCGCAAUCACAAUGGAAUAGUGAAGAUCAAAUCAUACUACUCAUACACUGAUGAAGCAUUUACGGGACUUUUACUGUGGAACUUUUUUUCUCCAAUUUAAAUUCUGUUUUGACAUUCUAAGACGGCAGCGAUUUUAAAGUGUGACUCUCAGUCUUUCAGUGAUAGUGUGUGAGAUGUGGGCCGGGGGAGUUGGCAGCAGCACUUCACAUCCUCUCUCCUAACAUAGUCUGUCUCUCAUCACCCAGCUAGCAGCUCCUCUCGUCUCCGGGACGAGGCUAACGCUCCCACUGGCAACACACUCUCACACAGCCAUACGCUGCUGCUUCCAGCUCAUUAACUCUCUCAUUAAGGAGAAGAUGCAGCGAUCAGGACGGAUCUCACAACACACAGCUGUCUCUGUGUUUCUCAAUGUGGUGUUGGUGUACAGUACACACACACUACCUGGAGUUUGAGAGGGUGUGAAUAGUGUUUUGUUUUUCUGUAUUGCCAAACGCAUAUGCUUUAUCAUGAAUCAUUUCUGCAGUAAUUGGAUCGUAUUUUGGGUCAUGAAUGAUGUCAGCGCUGGGUCGAGGUACUUGGAUCAUAUAAUUAUUAUAAUGUAAUGAAUUAGUCAUUAUGUUUCGAUGAGAUUAAUAUCCACGAAAGCACGCUGAAUAUGACCAGUAGCACUUCGUGACCUAAUGAAAAAGCAUUGUAUGAAUGCAAUUCAUUACUAAUAACCUUUGCCAUACUACUCACUAGCUGCUCAUUGGCUGAAAACGAAAGGCUAAACUGACCUUGUAUGUACCUCUCAAACCUCUUCAGGUAAACAGUUCCGGGUGCUCUUCCUGAGCACUGUACGCACGCGGCACACGUGCAAGCACAAACAGACGGCCAUCAAGCGCAAGGAGCAGAUGGUGGAGGACUCGACGGAGGACCUGGACUACGGCUUCCUGUCCAACUACAAGCUGCUCAACACGGCCAUCACUCGCGCUCAGUCCCUGGUGGCCGUGGUGGGAGACCCCAUAGCGCUCUGCUCGGUGGGCCGCUGCAGGUAUGGAAAAAACCAACCAGGACGUGUUCUCAUGGGUUAGGGCCAUGUUAGAAUACUGAAAUGAAUCCUUCCCUGCUCCCUUCCUUGAAGAAAUCCCUGAUCUGACAUGGCUGGAUUGGUGAAAGCUAUACGGUAGAACUGUUGCUUACACCUAUCAAUUUGUGUUAGAGCAGUGAUUACUCCAAGGGAUGGUGGAAGGAUGGGUGUGUUUUUAUAGUAUUCAAACAGGGCCUGGAGUUUCCCCUGGUCGCGUCCUAGUCAUCGAAGUAUUGCACUUGACUGGGUUUGAAAUCUUGCUGUUUUCACGUUCCAUUACAUGUUCUGAAGGCUCACUGUAAAUAUGUUGCAGUGUGUGUGUGUGUGUGUGUGAGAGGGUGGGGAAGGGGCACAGUCAGUGUGCCAGCUGUGCAGGAAGAAGUAGCACAGUGGGGGUAUGUCUCCCUGCCAGGCAGGCCCGCUCUACCCCUACCACAUACACACACACAUUCACACACCCUCCCCAAGCCCUCUCCAAUGCACGCCCGCGGAGUGUCAGCUUAGGAUGACAUCAUAGCGCCAGGCCUUGACAGAGCCAUUGACAUGAGCAAUGUGCUCUGUUUCUGGGGUGUUUGUUUUGAUAAUGUUCUCAUAUUGUAGGAGGGGUGGGGCAAGGGAGCAUUACUCUCAGAAACCAUAUUUUAGGAAAUUAGUUUUUCUCCAAUGGAACUGAAAUAUGAGGGGGGGUUAUUGAAUUUGGUGCAGCUAUUUGUAAUCUAAGGACUUCUCAUUUCUUCCCUGAAUGGAAUUAAGCCAAAACCGACACUUUGCCUAGUUCUGUGUUGAUUACGUCCAAAUAUUUCCCCCAUACUCAAAACAUCUUUAGGGCUGGGGCACAUAUUCUGCUACCCCAUUCCCCAUUCCCCACUGCAAACACACAAACGCACACAAACAACACCCCCACGGCGCUCGCUGAGCCCCAGCUGCAGUCCCUCUCUCUCGUCGCCAUGGCAACUGUUGAGCGUCAGCCAAUCGUGGCAUCCGGCUGCGGCAGUUGUUUAGAAAACCUUAUAACAAUGUAACCGACGGAAAAAUCAAUGGAGCUAACGAGGAAGAUGCUCUGUUUAGAUGGACUGUCUUAAUGCCUGGAGAGGGGGGCACCCCCAACGUCAAACUGUCACCUUUUAAGAAGAACAGACAAGUGGGCUGGUCGUGACACCAUAGAGUAGGCUGUGCAUGACUUGCAGACACACUCGCUCGUACACAUACACACUCACACUCAAACACGCACAUGGAGGGUGGGAAGGAGGAGUAUGAAAGAGAGAGGGAGAGAUGAUUGGGAUGUUGACUCAUUUUCGAUAUGUCACACCCCCCAUGUUGGUAAGAACACGGCGCUGGACGGACACACACACACACCCCACACUCUGCUGUGCCUGUCAGAUAAACCAGCGUGUAGCCACAAAGGUUAAGCAGCCCGACUACAGAGCGAGGCCAUAGCAGUUCAAUUUACACAUACCCCUCCACAGUGAAAGAUGUCACCAAGUAUAUCAUGAUCUCUCUUUAUCUUUUUAGACGCUUCGGUUAUUGCUGACGUGAUCCACAUUGUCUUUUGUGACUGAUGUGUGGAAUACAGUCCGCGCUUGAUAAAUGCACAUCGAAUAAACAAUAAACUGUGCGUAAGGGCAGUGAAGUUACCAAUUCACAUUUGUUUUACUGAUUGUGUACAAUUGAUCGAAUUCUCCAUCUAUUUGGACUUCAAAUUCCGAAUGAACAGAUUGUGAUGUAGUCUCCGUCCAUGCUGCCCGUGUGGGCUUGAUGUGGGUCAUUGAAGCGAUGCCUUAAACGUGGGUAAUCGGAGGAGAAGGGAUAGCAAUGGGGUGGGGGUGGUUUAAUGGGGGGGAUGCACUCAGACCGCCUUAUUGACACCUGAUUAACAAAAAUAGCCUUCACAAGUCACUGCAGAUCAGUUAUAUAACACAUACAAACAUCUACCUCCCAUCCAGCUACUAUAAGGAAGGAAGAUGCACAUUGUCACUGGAGUCAUAGCGCUGUGUUCUGUGAGACAAGAGCACUGUACCACACCAGCCAUAAUUGUGGGGUGCCCUCAAUUUGAUACCAGCACAAAAGCCUUGCAUUUGCUUUCAGAGUAAAGCUAGGGAUUCAUAGAAAUGUACAUUCAAUACCAUUCAUAUUCUAUAAGUAUUUUUCAAUUUACUCCCUAAAUUGUUGAAAUGGGCACUGACCCAAAGUUAGGGAUUAGAGUGACUCUCGCAAGCUUGCAUCUGGCUGAUGCUUUUUCAUAGAGACAUCUACGCUUGAUGCAGUCAUUUUCAAGUCACAAACUCUGACCCCUUCUUUGAAUAUUUCUCGUUGGAUUUGCGAUGAGUAUGCUGUCAUUUUAAAGCACCUGUAGCUGUCGCAUUGUGAUGAUGGACGGGACUCUUGUGAAUAGGGACCUGUCUCAUUUUGAUGAUGUAAUGCCACAGAGGGGACAGUUGUGAAUAGGGGCCUGUCUCUGUUCCUUAAAGGGCUGACAGCUUAUUUUCCCUCGGUCGCAGGUUCCGUAGUUAAUAUGCAAAUCUAAAUAAUUACCAUACAUUUUUGUUCACCCGGACAUUAUGCAAGCUGUGUUGUGUUUCCAUACACAUGCAUACACUCAUACACACACAAACAUGCAAAUCAUAGACACACACACACACACACACACACACAGUCUACUUGUCAGAACUGAGCUGUUAUGAACAUGCCAACCCCACUAAAGACAUUUAUUUUGCUUUGGUGUUGCUGCCUACAAUAGGCCUUUUAAAUGGACCAUGAUUUAUUCAUUCAUGCUACAGUACAUGAUUUGGAGUCAUAUCUACAGUAGUGGGUGGUUUAAUAAUCAAAUAAUGAAAGUAGGAGCCUUUCACAUGAAGAUUCUGUGCAAGAUUUGACUUUAUUUUAUUUAACCUUUUAUUUUGACAGUCUUUUCCAGAUGAGCCCUGUAUAUCACCCCAAGACACAUCAAAAUACAAUAAACACAUUAAACUACACAUUCAUAUACACAUUAAAAUACAUUAUUAUACACGAAAAGCAAAACACAAUCAUAAAAAAACAGACAUUCUUCAGUAAAAAGGCACCCUAACAACAGCCUGAAAUACCCCAGAGGCACCAAUUCCUCCAAUUUUUUAAGCGUAUUGUAGAUCAUUCCACAUGUAAGGUGCAAGGAAAUGAAAGGCUGAUUUUACCUAAAAGAGUCUCCAGAGUUAACCAACCCUGUGAACGGUUUUGAUAACUUGUCAUUUUAAAUCUCAACAGUGAUGUUAGGUAAGUCGGAAGUUUGUUGAGCAGGGCUUUGUAAACAAAAAGAGCGUAAUGAUGUGAUCGACGUGACUUCAGAAUCUGAAGGUGUGUGUGUGUGCACUGUGCCUUUCUUGAAAUAAAGAUGACUGUUAAGUCAGCAUGUGAGCGAAUGUGCAACCGAGUGUUUGAGAGUCAAGAUAAAGUGUAUGUUAUGAGAACACGGCCAUAUAUGUCCAUGCCACUCACAUCACCCCCUCUCCUCCCCUCUAACAGAAAGUUCUGGGAGAAGUUCAUCUCCAUCUGCCACGAGAACGCCAGCCUGCACGGCAUCACCUUUGAGCAGAUCAAGGCCCAGCUGGAAGCCCUUGAGCUUAAGAAGACAUACGUGCUCAACCCGCUGGCGCCCGAGUUCAUCCCCCGCGCCUUGCGGCCCCAGCCGGCCCAGCACCCCCAUCAACAUCAACAUCAUCACCAACACCCACACCCCCAGGGACACACGGCCACCAAGCAGCCUGGGUCCCAUCAGCAACAGCAGCAGCAGCAGUCUCCCCCGAAGGUAAGUGGGUUAAGACUGGGGUAGGGGUGGCAGAGCAGCUUGGGUCUGGGGCUAUGGGUCUGGGGCUAUUGGAGGUGUACUAGGAUACUGAAGGCUGGAGGGACUGUGCAUUGAGGUCUUGAUUGCACCGGUUUGUGUGUCAAGAACUGUAACGCUGCUGGGUUUUUCACGCUCAACAGUUUCCUGUGUGUAUCAAAAAUGGUCCACCACCCAAAGGACAUCCAGCCAACUUGACACAACUGUGGGAAGCAUUGGAGUCAACAUGGGCCAGCGUCCCUGUGGAAUGCUUUCGACACCUUGUAGAGUCCAUGCCCCGAUGAAUUGAGGCUGUUCUGAUGGAAAAAGGGGGUGCAACUCAAUAUUGGGAUGGUGUUCCUAAUGUUUUGUACACUGUGUAUAUUAAGCGAACGGUGAUGAAAGAUGGGGCUGGCACAAUUACCUUAUAACAGUGUAACCGACGGUUAUGGAUGAAGACGUCAUGAAAAGAAAAUUAACCAUCAUAACCGUAAAAUAAUUUUUUGUGUGGAACAAACAGCUGAUUGAAGACAGGACGGCCGGGCAUUCGUGCAUUUGAGUCCGUUUCUGCUGUAACAUGGACUCUACAACAUGAUGAAACUUGAAACAAUCAAGGUGUUGUAGCAAACAAGUCUUUGUUUGCCUAGGCAACGCCCCCUUCCUGCAGCAGCACAUGCAGUCAAGAGCGGAGGAGAAAAUGUCAGUCUAAAAAAAUAUAUAACCAAAAUAAAAGGAGGGCGGGGAUAGGACUGGCCACCCCUCAGAGCCUGAUUCCUCUCUUGGUUUCUUCUUAGGUUCCUGCCUUUCUAGGGAGUUUUUCUAGCCACCGUGCCUCUACAUCUGCAUUGCUUGCUCUCUGGGGUUUUAGGCUCCGUUUCUGUGACAACUGCUGUUGUAAAAAGGCUCUAUAAAUACAUUUGAUAUAUAUAUAUAUAUAUAUAUAUAUCGUUUUUUGUGGGGGGGAUGUGAAUGCAAUCAUUUGGCUGACCAAUAACCUUCAUCCAAAAUUCCAUGACCGUCAUAGCCCUAAUGAGAGGGAUGCAUGGCUCGGGCUAUCAGUGUUUUUAAGUCUUGGUAGUAGUACAACAGUACACUCACAAUUCACAUAUUCAGUGGUUUUAGGGCUCAAGGAAUGAAUCUUAUUUUCAAUUAAAUACAAUGUAAUUGGUUCCCUCGCGGGCCUUUUUUGGAAAACAUUUUUAGAACAUUUUGUACUUUUUGUGGUUGCAUCAAGAGUAGUUUCCUCUCAAGUAAGUCCUCUAGGUAGUUUUUAUUAUUAUCGCAAAACCAUGUUUUCUUUUCGAAAGUGGGUUUGAAACAACAAGGAGAGAAUAACCACUUGAGUUUGCACAAGUGUCUUUUUUAUUGUCUCCCCCUGUGAAAAUGUAAUCAGUUUUUCUGCUGUCCUCGCUACUGGCGUAAAGGUUAACUAAAUCACCACAGCUGCCAAGCCCCUGUAUCCCCCACUGGGUCCAAUGAGGUGGAUAUCCACAUCACACGCACGUGCACACAGUCGUGCGCACUUGCGUGGGUGUACACACACGGUACCACACAUAAGAGCACACACACACAAAUUGGGUUGAUUACAGGCUUUUACUCUUUUCAAAAUACUACUCCAUGCAGAAAGGUCAAUAGUAAGGUCCAUUGUCUGGGCAGUAAACCAUAAAAAACAAUAUACCGGUAUUCAUUCGUGGACCGGUUUGGAUUUUUACCCUACAGUCUAUAACGCUAUUUUAAUGUUGGAUUUCUAACGUGAAAUUAUUCAGUAAUGACUCGUAAAAAUUAUGGCAUUCGUCCGUUUUUAUUGCCUGUAACUGCUAACAGCUGAGAACUGCUAGUUAACUUGCAAGCACAACAGUCAACAAGUUUGGGAGUACAGACCCCACGAAAUCGUCCGACUGCCCCUAGUGGUGAAAGUAAGAACUGCAGUUGAAGACGAGAAUACGUGGGGGGACUAAAUAGAGGAAAUUAAUGCAGGAAAUUAAGAAAUUGAUAAAUGCUGGAAUUGAACAAAUAACUAUGCAAAUGGAAAACCAUUGGUCGAGUACCAGAGUUUGAGUCUACCAAAGAGGAUUUUGAAUCUUUUAAAAAGUUAUACAAAUAAGACUACUUCACUGUCAGUUUUGGCCUAUUAUUUUGGGAUGGUUUGGUUGAACAGUAUAAAGCAAUCGGAAAAGAGAAAGCCUAAUAAAACCACUUGGAAUUAAUUUGUUGCCAUACACUAGAACAUUUAUUAUUCAGAAACGUCCAAUACCGUCAUAAUGUCAAAAAUGAGAAUAAUACUGUGAUGUAUUUUGGCCAUAUCGCCCAGCCCCUACUGCCAGGUAUGACAUGCACAAACACAUAUACAUACACUCUUGUAUACACAGUACACAUACUCAAAUGGCAACUUACAGCUAGGCGCACAGACAUACUCACAGGUGACACACACAUACACACACACACACACACACAAAUCCUUACUGGGAUAUUCAGCUCUCGUCUGCUACAGUUGACACUCAAAGCAUGUCUGUAUGUUUUCUUGCUAUAAUCUAUUUUAUGUCAAUAUGUUGAAAGGCCACUGAUAAAAGCAUAUUCUAGAGACUCUGCUCUAAUACAGAGAAACAUGUGCCCAGUCGGACGUCUUCGAAGUUCGUUUGCCAUCUUGUAUGAGCAGACAGAUAACCGUGUGUGUGUGAGCCCCAUCUUGCUCAAGUAUUCAUCCUCCAGGUACAUCUGACAUUGCUGUCACUUUGCGUGGACUCGUUCCGAGCUCCCAAUGUCACUGGCCCAAUAUGGCUGCCAAGCAGGAAAUGCUGCUGCCAUCACCCGGCGUCCCCUGGUCUGAAGGUGUCCUCCUCCAGCUCCGUCUCUAUCUCCCUCUCUGGCUGUGUGGUACUGGUCAUCUGGCCUGGCAUAGACCUAGAAGAAUCUAUGCCUGGCAGAUGCAAUGGAGCUAUCAUUAGCCACUGUAUUGUACCUGUGACAGAGGUUGCCUUAGCAGGAGUGACAUUGAGAGGCUUUGAUACAGUCACCUCAUAUUCCUACAGACGUAACAUCUAAAAAGAUAGGGUUUACUAUUGACUUCCGUUUUUGCUAGUCCUAACACACAUUACAUCGCUCAUAUAUAUAUUGUUUUUGUUUGUUUUUUUGUUAUAUAUAUAUCUUUUUUUUUUUUUAUAUGGUACAUCUAGAUCUAGUACAUCUAUCGACUACAAUAUCUCAUCCCUGAAAAUAUUUUAUUUAAACAUCUAUGAAUAUCCUGUUUGUCGCAAGACAAGACACAUUAUGCAAAGACAACCUAUGCUAUUAGGUACGAUAUCGACUUGGUAGCGACUGCUUUUUAAGUUCAUAGUCAUUUGCCCUCCAUAUGUUAUGAUGGAUUUUCCAAGGUCGUUUUUAUUUCUUGUGUGCUGUAGGUAGUUGUCACUGAACUCCUAACAAAUAACCCAGCCCUUAUGCCUUGUAAUAUCAGUCGUAAUGACAACUCUCUAACCUUUUAGGCUAAUAGUUACUACAUUCGCUAUUGAGGGGUCUCAAUCAUAGGUCCAGACUGUACAUCAUUGGUCUCAACUAAUUUCAAAUCAUAUGCUGAAUAAAUAAAUAAUAUGCCAUUUAGCAGACGCUUUUAUCCAAAGCGACUUACAGUCAUGCGUGCAUACAUUUUUGUGUAUGGGUGGUCCCGGCGAUCGAACCCACUACCUUGGCGUUACAAGCGCCGUGCUCUACCAGCUGAGCUACAGAGGACCACCAAGAAUAGGCUGGCUUGUCAUCUAAUUGACCCCUGUCCCUGACUACAGUUUAUUUCCCUUCGUUUGAACCACAGUUCCCUGUUUUCACCUCACACUUGUAAUAGUUUAACACAGCUACAAGAAGCAUAACCUGAGUGUCUAAACAGAUAAAGGGAAACCAAACCAGCCAUCUAACCCAUCAUGAGGCGCAUCACCCAAGGGAAUUCACGUCAGGUGUUAUCAGUUAACACCACCUUCUAGGGGGAUUGCGUGCCUCAGCUCGGCUACGCUAAAACACGCUAAAGUAGAUUAUUGUGUACAUUCCUCCGUGCAUCAAUAAUACAACAGGUUACAAGCCACCUAAAGUCAAUUGGAUCGAGAACUUCCAUGUUGUCGGUCACGUAACAAUCAAUGUCAAUGUUAGACUUUUGUUGUUGUCUGAAAAUAGAUACGGCCCAAUGUUGUGAGGGCGUUAAAAUGGAACCUGGGGGCACAGAAUUGCCUCUUUAUUCUCUGUAUAUGGAAGAGUAGAGAUGGAGAGAGAGAAUUAAGGUCCUGCUUGUUUUAUGCAGAUGUAUUGGUGUGUGAGUGUGUCUAAUUUGCUUUGGAUAAAAGUGUCUGCUAAAUGGGGUAUUGUGUGUGUGUGUGUGUGUGUGUGUUUGCUUACUCCAGUCAGUGUCAGUUCUCAUUAGCAGAGAAACUAAUGAAGAACGUGCAUAAUGUAUGCUUUCCUUUUAAUAUAGUAAUAAUGUAAGGAAACCUACAGCGUUUUGAUAUCUUAGAGCCAGUAGUAUUUCUGCCCACAUGACUUGGCCACAUGAAAGCCUACUUUCGCUAAGAACUCAAAUGCAUUAUGUUUAAAAUGUUUCGACCCAUUGCUUAUUCGUUCUAUCAGUUACAUUUUUGUUUAGAAGAUAUUGCAAAGCGCCCCGGAGUUUUCUCUAGUCAGGUCGCAUUAGGUGUAACUCCUGGCCCUAGAGUUCUAUAGCUGCCUCCCUCAUGAAUCCACACAGUGGAUUUUAUAUUCUUCAAGAGCUGCAGCAGAAUGCAUUAUCCUCUAAGACUGCUGUUGCCAUUUAGAUUCAACAGCGUUGGCUAAUUAAAGUGUUCUGGAAGCGUUAACCGUGUAGCCAUUGUGACAUAUGUGGGCCACGAGGACGUUACGGUUACCGCUGCCUGCCCGCCGCUUCGCAUAGGGAGCCUCGCACUCCUCCACUUGCUCCCUCCUUCCCUCCCCCUCUUUUUCUAUGGACUUCUCUCGCUCCAGCGCUUUCUAAAGGAUGCCUCCCUCUCUCCUUCUCUUCCAGGGGAAAGGGCAACAUGCAAACCACACGGAGCACUUCCCACCUGAAGGAUUUGGUGAGUGUCCAUUGCUUCUCUUCCCUCCAUUAUCUAAGUGUUGACUUGUCUAUUUGCAUCCCCUUUGGGAUACUCUUUCUGGGGUCCACACACAUCCCAAUACAAACAACACAUACACACACACACACACACACACACACACACACACACACUAACAGUGGUAACUGUUUGUCUAAGGUUAAACACUGUUAGUUACCACUGGUAGUGUAAGGUAAACAUUGCCAAUGCAAACUGCAAGUCAAUAACACUACACUCUAGCUGUAUGUAGUUUGAAGGUGAAGCACUGUCCCAGUCUUAAACUUCCAUCUCUCCACAAACAUACUCAAUGUGUUUCCCUCUUCUACAAAAAAAGACCUAUUUUGUUAGUCAUAAUACAGGAAGGACACCAUAUUUAUUAUUUAUUUUCCAUUGACUGGGUUCACUUCUCAAUGGUUCAUGUUUCACUGGGAUGUGAAGAUUCAGAAUUAGAGAGCUGUACCGUGGAUCAUUAUGUACCCUACUGUGUAGGAGCGCUGUCACCAUGAAUCUAGUCACCCCGUAUGGAGAAAACACAAGGGGGACAGGGGAGAGAGGGAUAGAAGGGGAAAGGAGGUGUAUUGUGCCAUGACUUUAGACAGAGAGCAAGAGUGAAGAUGAGGACAGUGAGGUGUAUCAGGAGUACCAUCAUAUAACAUGUUGUUAUUAUUGCUAUCAACACAGUAAUAACUGCCGCCAUCGUCAACAUCAUCACGCAACAGAACUGAACUCUCCGUCACCAUCCUGUCCCCCCACCCUCCCUCUCCCUCAUCAACUGCAGAGCUUUAGACCCAAGGCUGCUGUGGCAGUAUAAGAACACAGCAUGAAGUCAUAAUAUGGUGUAGUCUGGGAAGACGUGAAGUCAGGUUAACUGUUCUUUCUCCUCGACUGGGGGACAAGGAAUUCUGCACCAACAAACAUCUCUUUCUAGCUAGAUCAUCAUAGGAGCUGUCUACACUUGAAGACCAACAUGGUGCAAUUGUUGUUGUGAAAAAUAAUAGAAUACGAUAUAAAGUUAAGACAUCUUAUUGCCAAAGAAGUACCAAUUGUUUUGAAAUACAAUAACGUUAUCUCAUGGGGAAAUUGGCUUGAUCUGCAUAGGCACAAAUAACACAGACCAAAACAAUGAUUAGGUCUAGAUAAUAAAAUCCUUCAGGAUUAGCUACAAGACUAGCCACUGCUGUAAUGAAUAUCACUUUUUGGAGUAGCAAAUCAUUAGCAAAUAUUAACUUUUAUAUUUUGUUCUACUAUUCUCUUCUACUUCUAGGAGUUGCACAUUAUUAGCAGAUAUUAACUUGCUAUCUUCUCUUCUCUUCCUCCCCCAACCCUCUCCAGUUCAACCCAACCCUGCAGUGUUGAUGGGCAACCCCAUCCGGGCGUUCUCGCCGCCCCUGGGGGGCACACCUGGCAGCAUGGGCAAGUCCCCCAGUCCCGUGCAGAGGAUAGACCCCCACACGGGCGCCAGCAUCCUCUACGUGCCCGCCGUCUACGGGGGCAACAUGGUCAUGUCCAUGCCACUGCCCGUAAGUAUACUGCUACUGGGAAUUGUAGUUGUUGUAGAAUUGUAGUUUAUUGUUGAGGAAAGACUCAAUGUGUGGGUUUUGGUUUGAAUGAAUUGUUGGAAGUCUACUGCUUUGAGUCAGUUGGACGGUGUUGAGGAAAGAGUCAAAUGUGUGUGCAGGAGCCUACAGUGUACCGUACAGUCUUAUGCAUAUGUAUACUAGCACACACACACACACACUCACUCACUUACACAAAUCCUUCUGUUGGUGUUUGUUCUUGGUCUAAAUGCACUGUUUGAGUUUAAAAGAAAACAAUAAUACUUUUUGGGUGUAAUAUGAUGAAUCAGUUGAGGAAAAAACAGGGACCCCUUAUGCAAUACUGCAUUUAAUUCAGACGUGUCAGUUGGGCUGUGGUGUUAUGCCGAGUUGUUAACGAAAACUCAGCAGCGCGUAACGAUCGCUAAUAGUGCCAAAAUCCCCAUAAGCUUGAUUGCGAAAUGUUCCUUUUGUGUUUGGGCCCUCUCUGUCUCCAUUACUCUCAUCUUUCUCGUAAAACAAGACAAAGAACAUCACUUUAAUUGAGAAUAAUGACUUCUGUUAGUCUGAAUAUUUUCAAUUCGGCCCGCGGUGUAAGAUUUCACACUUGUUAUUCCUCGUACAGUAAUGGAAAGAAAGUUAACUCUCCAUCUAAACCAAUCUAUGCUGUUUAUUUCCCCAUUAAACCAUAAUGGCACUUGGCUGAUAGAAUUAGCGUUUUUAAUCAGGAGGAUGAUUUGACACGGUAAAUGGCUGUGUCGGCACACGGAGGGGAAGGCUGUUUGGAAAAUGAUGUUCUCGUUAGAUAGAUGCCAUCCUUUUUUCAGUUCUUUGCUGCACUAAUAUUUCAUCAUUUUGGGAAACAAACAGGAUUAUUUUACUAUUUUCAGGGCCAUUUUUCUUCAUAUUUGAGGAGGAUUUUUUAGCGUACUUUUUUUGUAAGCAUUCUUUUGAAGAUGCAAAUAUAUAGAAAUUAGUUUAUUCUAUGACCAUGCAAACAAUUGGAGAGCCUCCAUUCCUUCACAUACCAAUGCCUUUUUUUUUUACCUCUUGAGGAAAUUAUGGAUGGAUGUGCUUUGUUCAAAAUUGCCUUUUUCUAAAUGUUCAUUGUAUGAUGUAUUUCUGCUCACUGUUGUCAGUCAAUUUGCAUCCACUGAAAUAAAGGGAUAUGUUUCACUCACCAGCCGACCUGACGGGUGGCAGUCCAACAUCAACCUGCUCUCCCUUUCAUAACCAGAUAAAUAUUUUAAUACACUGUCUGUUUCCUCCGACCUGCAUCAGCCACUGUGCUUUUCACAUAGACAGUCUGCACAUCAGGGGGGAACACUAGUCUAGGCUAUAUUAUAUUUGAAAAUAUCUAACAUGGUAAUUCAGUGCGAAGCAUCAAGGCAAGCUACAUUCACUUUUCAACGCAGUAUCUCAUGCAUAUGUAUUUUCUUGUCGGAACUUGUCAGUUGUAAAAUGUCUUAAAGCAUUUUACUAGAACGUCCAUGAGAAAAAUAGAAUUUCGUAGACCCUUUAUCAAAAUUUGCCUAGGUACCAACAUCACUCUUGUAGGAAUGACCUGUUACCUAGACUUGCACUUUUUUGGGUCUACCGAUAUUUUUAUAAUUUAUUAAACAGGGACAAUGCGCUGUAAUCCACAUUUUUGAAUGAACUACGAUAUAACCACUGGAAUUAGCUAACCUACUUCCUGUCAACCCUAUCCACUAUGCUCUGACUAGGCAUAUUGUAUUUGACAUAUAUUGAUGUGUGUGCAUUGAUUUUAUAUUGACUCGUAUUGAUGUGGUGUCCAGUCUGUCCCCAUCCAGUUGCCAUGGCCCGGCUACCAAAACCGCUUUGCCAUGGACCCACGCAUCAUGAGCCACCAGGCGGCCAUGGCCUAUAACCUGAACCUGCUGCAGGCCCAGAACCGGGGCUCGCCCAUCCCCUACGGCGGAGUAACACACCCCUCCCCCUUGGGCAUGGGCCAGCAGACCAGUCCUGACAAGGAGCUUCAGGCUGAUUCCAUCAGAAACGGUGUGUAGCAAAUAAGUUGUAGUACUUGAUUGUGUAAAUGGGUAGAAACUGUGUCUUAGCACAGUAGCUGAAAAGGUGCCUGCAUUUUUGAACCCCUCAGGUAAAAUGGACGGGUGUCCAAAGUCCGAGCAGAGCCGGCUGCAGACACCAGAGAGGAAGGCCUCAGAGAUGAAGGAUAAACAGGUACGUUGUUGUUGACUCGCUCUGUAGUCACGCUGUUGGUGCAUUAACACAAUGAGAAAAAGUCUCCAUUAAAGCCUAUUUAUUGAUCAAUAAUUCAAAUAAUACAUGAUUUCAAAAAGGAGUUUUGCUUUGCUCACACAUUUACACAAAUAAGUAUUGAUAUAGAUGGGGGUUGGUUGUUUAGCAACAAAACCGACGUGUGUGUGCAACUAUGGGGCAAAACAGACUGGGUUGGCUUGAUUGUUGACAAGUAAACUGUAUUUAGUCUCCAAUGUUUAUUGAAAACAUAAAUACAUUUGCACAAUGAGCACUUGUUUUCUCUCAUACAUCGUUAGUUGUUGGUUAGCGAGCUAGCGAAUUUUAGCCAUAUUAGCAUAGACGUGACAUCAGUCAAAACACAAAACAACACAUGCUAUCAAGAACAAGAUAAAACUAGCUGAAACAAGCCACCUACGAUUCCCUCACAUGGCAGUUUCUUGUCAUUGUUUCUAUCUAUCUGGCCAUCCAGAAUCACAACAAUACACGGACUUCUGCCCCAAUGAAGCGUGUGCAUCGUUUUCGUGACAUUGUCAGCUAACCCAUCUAUAGUUAAUGAACUAUUUAGAAUUGAUACAUGGAUAAAUGAAUACGUAUCUGAAUAAGUUAUAGUUUAAUUAAUUCUGUAGAAUUGCUACAUGACUAAAUGAGCAAUGUGAUUGUAGCCCUGUUCACACUGUUUGUCUUCACCUCCUCCAGGGAGAGUGUGAUCCGGGCGGUGGCCGGGUUCUGGACUCUCAGACAGACGGACUGGGUUUCCCCAAUGCCAUGCUCCACCGCAAGGACAACUCAAGCCAAAGAACCCUCAACUACCACUUGGCACCCCCCAACCCGGCCUUUGCCCCCCACCCCGUGGGCCGGGCCUUCCCCCCACAGUACCCCGGCGUGUCCAGGCUCCCCUUUAGGGUGCCGCCCCAGCACCCAGGCGGGAUCCCGGCCAUGGGCCAGCCUAACCAGCAUCACUCGGCCCAGCUCUCCCCAGCCUACGCCAGUGGCAGCCACAACCCCUCCUUCUUCGGCGGGGCCAUGGCCUCCCACAGGGGUGUGCUGGAGACAGAGGAGGAGGGGCCAGAGGAGAUGGGGAACUCCAUGAGGUCCCAGAUGGGCCACCAGGGGGGGCACCACCCGGCCCUGUCGCAGCCCAGCCGGGUUAACAGCUUCGGGGAGGACAUCCAGGAAGGAGGCCUGGGAGACGGGAUGGGUGAGUUCUACCAUAGUUCAAAUUCUACGAGUGCAACUUUUAUUUUUUUUGUCCCCUCUAACCGGGAGGUUUAUUCAAAGCAAGGGAACAAUAAUAACAACAAAAUAUCAAACAAGAAUCUGUAAAUGUUGAAUGAUAAAAAAAACUCAAGGAGCUAAAUAUCUGUAAAUAUUGAAUACUCUUGUAAUGAUACAGGUAGGUAUACAGGUGGAAAUGUAUAUCUGUGUGUUGCAUUACAGUCUGGGCUGUGGUUCAGGAGCAGCCAGUUUGGUCCACAGACGGUCCCAGAAGGCAGGCUGCAGGGCCAUGUCCCGGUGCCAGUCCAGGUAGGUCCUGGUCUUGACCAUUCUGGCCAGACAGUGGUGGGCAGACAGCUGCCUAUGUGGGAUGUCCUCCAGGAAGACCAGGAUGAGGAUGUCCCUGUGCUCCAGCAGCAGACAGAGAGUGGCCAGUCUCAGCUCCAGCGUCCACCAGUUACUGCGCAGGAAGUGACGUAG